CAAGGCAUGUGCUCCCAACUGUUUGGUUCACCUAAAUCAAGGUAAGACAGCUAGUUUUAAUAUCCGAUCUUCACUUGAGAAACUAUUUUUCCUCAGGUUUGUGUUCUUUGCUUCUUUGUUCAGACUUUUACGAACUAAAGCCUCAGUUAUUGAAAGUACCCCAACCUUUUUGCUUGGUAAAAAUUCUAAGCUUUGAACUCUGUUAAAGGUGCUUGGGUCAGCGUCCCUAAAAAUGAGCAAAAUAAUGUACAUAAAGAAACAUACCUGUUUCUUCCAGCAGAAAAGGGGAUGUCGCUUUAGCCAGCAAAAAAUACAGUGAGAAUGAAAUUAAUGUCAUUUUAAAUAAUGGCUAAGUUCGAAACUUCGUACAAAACCAGCUGCAUGACUUUUUAUAUCUGAUACAUGCGCCGACACUUCGUGCUAAAGUCACACUGUUCGCUUGAGUGAAACAGACUCUGUACACUGAAGACAAAUAUAAGCAGUAAAUAAAACUUUUGGACCACAUUGCAGCAUUUUGACCUCGUGGAGUUUGAAAGCUACGUAGACUACAGCUGCAGCGACAGUGAGCCUCGUUCAAACCUGUAUGAUUCAUAAUCUCCGACACAACCGAAAUCUCUGAGCAGAAUAAGUAAAAGCGUCCGUCCCCUCCUUCAGUUUCCUCACCGCUCAGCGCCACAUCUCCGCUAAUUGAAACAACAACCAAGUAACUUUUCUGUCAAUGUCAGCAACACGCGGGCCAAACCCCCCUCAUCAAGUUAGGUUAAUUCGCAUCGGGCUGUGGUGGCGACCUCACGCUGAGAGCGUCUCCUUGUUUAAAAUGAAGUCUGAAUCCAUGCUCAGCCUCCUUUUCUGCUCCUCCAUGAUGCACUGCAAGAAAUGUGGGCUUCAACCCCGUUUUUCAGCUGUGCCUGAAGAGAUCGCCAUUGUUUCAAUAAGUGCAACACAGAUUUUCUUCUACUCAAAAAUGCUAGAAGAUGUUGAAUUAAAGUACAAGUGUAUUGCACGCACAUCAAAGGUAAUUGUAGCUAAACUUUAUUUUAGAGUUUUAUAUCCCAGAAAAUUAUAUCGAAGGGAUAUUCCGGCGUAAAAUUAAUUUAGGGUUAAACACACCGUAACACCGAGUUAGACACCCCUUGAGAAAUGAAUGUUGCCGCUUGCUCCUCUAGUUAUACCAACUUUAAUAACGCCCACACGAUAGCGAUAUACAGCGGUCUGAGGAGCCAUAAACAAACCUCAACCAAAACGCCACUCUAUAGCCACAAAUAAUGAUCAGAACAGCACCUAACUUCAUCAACAGUACAUAUAGGGUCCCAGCCAUAGUACUAGCCACCAAACAUCUUUUUAACUUUGCCUGAUUUCUUCAGCAAAGAGACUAAACACAACUCACCUACUCUCUUCCAGCAGCCACUUGUUUGGCUCCUUAGACCGCUGUGUAUUGCUAUCGUACGGUCGUUACUAAAGUUGGUAUAAAUAGAAAAGCAAGCAAUCGGCAACAUUCAUCUCUUGUGGGGGUGUCUAACUCGGUGUUACGGUGUGUUUGACCCUAAAUUAAUUUUACGUGGGAAUAUCCCUUUGAAGCUGAUAAAUGAGUGUUUCUGUAUGUCUAACAGCAGCAUGAAACAAGUAAGGUUCGACGUGUGUUUUACAAGAAAAAUUAACUUAUUUUUGGAGAUAUUUUUUGCAGUGUGUUUGAUACAGCACAGUUGCUGCCUAAGCAGGCGGAUCCUCUAAUGAACCAGCGGGUAUCAGCAGAUGUGGGUCUAUAACUUAAUUUGCCCCCUCAGCUAUAGAGCAGAUCCUAUGGCGUGUAAGUGGUCUUGAUGGAUGAGCACUACAGCUCAUCAUACCCCCGCCAUCAGCACCAACCCCCAGGAUCCAGCACCCAUCAGCCCUGACUUCACAGGCCCAGUAUUAGCAUGUAGCUGCAAAUUUGAAGUGAUUUCUUGCUGACUUAUUACGUUUAAUUUAUGAUCUUUGCAGGGGCAUGCUGUCAAACACAUCAACAGUGAGGUUAGCCCGUGUAAAAACUUGAUUUAUUUCUCUGGAUAUUUGGUGUAAAAUUCAACAGCACAAAUGCCAAGGGAUAAAACUGUACUGACUGUAACAUGAAGUGUUGAGAUUGAUCAAAAUAGGUCCUAAAGUAAUGUUCGAACAAAUCCACACAACAUAAAAACCAGGUCAGAGGAUUAUUUUCAUCAUUAUAUAUAUAUAUAUAUAUAUAUAUAUAUAUAUAUAUAUAUAUAUAUAUUUUUUUUUUAAUUCAAGCUAUUAGACAAGGAAUGCCAGAUUCAUUCGCUUAGCAUUUUUGGAACAGAUUAAAUAAGAGUUAAAAUAAGAUGGAAUAAAGGAUUUGAAUUCAUCCAUUCAGACAUCCAUGAACAAGGUUUUUGUUUUUCUAUAGCGGAACACGUAACAAUUACUGUCUGAAAUACCAGCAUUUCUAUGAACCAUUAACAUAGAUAUUGUAGCAGGAAGAAGAAAUACUUCUUUUAAACCUAUAAUUUUAAAAUAAAUGAACAAUAUUAGUAAUUCAGUUACUUUUGGAUAGAAGUUACUCGGGAUUCUAACUCAUUUUCAUCAACUUGCAUUAAAAAUGCUCAUGAGCAAUUCAAGCUGUGUUUUCAAAGGAUACAAUAAAUGCCUUUAGGACACAAUAUGAUUUGAUACAAUACAGUGCAAACUGAUAUGAUACAAUAUGAAACGGUAAAAUGCGAUACGAUACAAUACAACUCAAUACGCCUGUUAUUGCAUUGAUUUAAAAUACUUAAACAGUUCAAGUUAAUAAAGUAAUAUCUGUAACACUUUGACGCCUAUCUCUGUAACGCAUGAUAAAUAUAUGUAUAAUGCAUUAUAAUCACGUUAUAGCAUCAUAUAACUAUAGUUAUAGACACUCAUUAAUGGUCAUAAUGCUUUAUAGCAAUAAUUAUAAAGCUUUUUAUUAUGACUUACAAAGUCAGGUUUUAUAAUGUGUUAUAACCGUUAACAAAUCACUGACCAUGCCCACAUAGAUAAUGCAGUGCAGCUGUUGUUAACAGUUAUAACAUAUUAUAAUACCUGACCUUGCAAGUCAUGAUAAAAUGCUUUAUAAUGUGUUAUGAUUAUUGCUAUAUAGCAUUUUAUGAGUGUUUAUAACUAUUGUUAUACAGUGCUAUAACGUGAUUAUAGCACAUUAUGAAUAUAUUUAUAAAUGCGUUACAGAGAUAGACGUGAAGUAAAGUGUUACUGUAGUUUCCUGUAUGGUGACGAUAUCCUGAGAGGUCAAGAAAAGACAGUAACUAAGCAAACAAACGAACCAACAUACACAAAUCUACAUGGUGACACACGUCUCCUGAACAUAUCCUCUGUCCCUGUGAAGGGCAGGGGUCUGUGGUUGCCGCUGGAGGCCCGAGGGGACCAUGUGGCGAGGCGUCCAUCUGUGGUAACCUGAGUAAACGCAGAGUAAGGCCACAGUGCGUCUGUGCACUCUGUUGACUGUUUCGACAGACAUGUUUUCCCAAAGCAAGAAAAAAGUACACUAAGAGGGGUGCCUAAAGUCAUGGCUCAGUUCACGGAGCGUCCCCGCUCCAGGAACCUGAUCUUACACACUUAAAGACCGCAGCCUCUCCCGGCGGCUCUGACUAAACCUGCUCUCCUGCUGUGGAUUUAAACUGUAAGUUUUAAUGUAAUAAUAAGACAGGAUUUGUCUUUAAACUAGGAAUUAAGCUUGCCAACUUGUCUCUCUUUAUAAAAAGCUAUUCCUGGAGCCGUGACAAGAUUUCUGAACAUGCUGAAAUGCAGUUUGGGACUUCCCCCUUCUUUUAUCUUUCCCUCCCUUCAAAUCACCUGUGGAUGCUAUCGCAAUCAAAAAUGCUAAUUACCCAAGUGGCUUAAUCAACAUUAGAAUAAUUACGCCAUUAGAAUACAGCAAGCUGUGAUGAAUAUGGGAAGGUAAACUCAUGUAAAACAUGUGCCGUUUAUUGGAUUAACAUCAGGAUGCAAAGAUGGCUCCCCAAACGUCGUAACAGGUGAUUGAUUAAGACUGAAAAACACAAGCAUGGAAGACGCUGGAUCUCUUCUGUACCGACCAAAUGAGCUAAAAUCUGUAUUUUGUUUAGCUAUUAUCUUUAUUUCUCAUGUUUAAGCAGAUCUGUAACACAUAUUGGUUGUGAAAAAUACAAUAACAGCGCCCCUAUGUCAUGAGCGUUGUGUUUUUUAGCAGGUUUCAUCAUCUGCGUAUGAAAAUCAUUUUUUGUGAACAAAGAGUCAGCCCUUUCUAUCUUCAUGGGACCGAGUUACCUGCCUUGAGGGCCGCCAUCUUUCACCACCAUGUUUCUAGAACGGACAAACUGGUAACAUGAGUGCUUUCAUAGUCGGCGUGUUCGGUGGUGGCCGAUUCCCGGUGGCCUGGCGUCGCCUGGCCUGAUGUGAUUGCUUCGAGUUUAAUAAGGUUAAUAAGGUCGCCGACUGACACUGAGACGGCUAUGAUGCUAGUGGUGCGUGCUAAUCCAAGUUUUAUGCCUUUCGAGAACUUUGCAGAACAGCAGUGUGGUAGGCUACAUUCUUAGUUAACAAAUAGGAGUUUUUAUAACCAUUUUGUUUUUGCUUCAUAUUAAAUUUGCAGUUUUGUAGCCAAUGUUGAAUUCUUCACAUCAGCAUUAUAUUCACUAAAUCUGGCUUCAGAUAUCCGGUGAUGGCAUUUCUGCGUCAAUGUGUAUUGGCCUGGCCUAGAUGGAGUCAAACUCCUGGCCUGAGUUAUGGUCCCAGUCCACCCCUGGGCGUGUUGCUGUUAAAAUGCAUCAGGUGGAAGAUAAAGAGAAUGAAGAAGAGAGGUUUUUCAUUAUGCCCGGUGAAGGUUUGUAUUGAAAGGCGUUUAGUUACAAAUGAAGGAUCAUACUUUGGAUGCAUCACAGCAGCUUCUUGUCCUUAGAGGCUUCCAUCGAUUCACAAACGGGGAGAGCAAGGGAGCUUUUUUUAACCUCCAAUCUGACAUUGCCAAAUAUUCACAUGUAUAAGUUUUUUUUAUAAUAUUUUGGAGCCAUUUUUACCUUUUUUAUUUUUAGGAAAUAUGAGGUAAAGGACCGAGGUUCAAAUGAAAACUCAAAGCCGCCUGUUGGAAGUCUACAGCAUCUGCUGUCGCCGGAGCUUUAACUGCUGAAACAACUGCCAUGAUAACUCAAGACAUGUCAAAUUUAUUCCUUAACACAAAAAAGAAGCACUGAGGUCUGCAGAGCGUAUAACAGUAUUAGAGAGGAGGUAAAACUUUGUCCACAGGGGGCGCCAAAUUCAACCCUAACAGCAGCUUUAAUGUUUAAGGGGAAUUCCACUCCUUUUUUCUACUUCAUUGAGGAACCCUCUCUUCUGUUGUUUUUAGAAGAAGCUUAAAGUAUUGAUUUCCAAUUGAAUGAGAACCGAGCCACUCGGAUUAUCAUCAAUAUUUAAGUGGGCUGUGAAGAAGUGGUAUUUAAGGAUUGUUUUGCUGACGUUUUGACCUUAAGUGUCUCAUUUUGGAGACGAGCAGGCGAGCGUUUUUGAGGGAAGCCGGGUCAAUAAUGAGACGCACACAAGUCAAUUAAUGCCGUAAAGUGUCUUUUCUCCUCUUUCUCUGUUCUUCCUGAGUGACAGACUGAACCCUAAACACCAUCUGCUAAAAAGCCUCCCUAAACUUGACCCCGCCGCCCCUAAGGGGUCAGCUGACCUCUGUAGUCAGAUCCUGCUCUUCGGACAGGCCAAAAAAAAACACACAAGCUUAGAUGUGACUCAACAGGGCAUGAAGAGAGGAUUCAAUGAAUGAUCACGAUUGAAGCUGGGGAGUCAGCCCUUCAAAAUAAAAGCAGCAGGAGUACGGUGGGUGAAGGUGGAGGACUUUAACAGCUCAUAAAUCUGCCUGAGAGGUCCACAAGUGUUCUGUCUUUGCUGCUAUUUAAGAUGACGGACAUGAGGGCCAGACAGCACGUUACCCAGAAUGCAUUCCACACAGGCGUCUGAGUGAGGUGCACUUGCUCUGACUCGCAGAGGGCGUCGUUGAUUAUGCAGGAUCUGUUUUUCAUCUUUUCUCACAGUUUGAGACGAUGUCUGAGACACCCAGAGGCUGCAGACCAGCUUUUAAUUAUACAGGCAAAUCUUUUAUUUUUCUUUAUUUGAAACAGGGAAGUAAUUCAUUGCGUCUUUCAUAUUGUUUUAGACUAGACGGCGACAACAGGAUACUCAUUAAAUGUGCAAAUAUUUGCAUUUUUGUCUCCUCUGGGAAAACCUGAGGGGCGGUGGUGUUUAUAUACGCAUUAAUAUACAAUUCUUUUAUUACUUUUGUUGAUGAAAAAUGAGGGUUAAGAUGCAUUUUGCACACAAAAAACAUUGUUUACUGGGGACUUUGCCCCCAUGAAGCCUGAAUAAAGUUUUAAUUCCCAUCAAAGUUUUAGUAAAAAAGAGAAAAAUCCUUCCUCGUUAGUUUUCUCACUUAGCCUUUGUGGACUAUGACGGUGUUUUGUAGCUUCAGACAGACCGUUACAAGCAUGAGUGAAAAUAUUGCAGUUAUUCGACAGUUAGCAGAUAUCAGAGUCCAAAUCCACCAGAGAAAUGUCUGACUGGACUCAGAAAUAUAUUUUCAAGUUUACAGACUUUAUUCUUAAAUUGGAGUGAUUCUGGCCAAGCAGUUUAAGACCCAUGUUCAAAGGGCUAAACAGUCGUUCAACUCCCAUUCACGCCCACUUGCUGCCCACAUUUCCCUUCUCUCUUCAGCUGACUUAUCAAAGAAAGACAAAAAUGCCCCCAAAGUCACUUUUGGUGAAUAUCACUGUUAUUGUGCAUAUAGUUAAAAUGUCCACUUUGACUCUGGGGAGGGGUUAGUCCUGUUCAGCCCACGUUUUUGGCCUCCAUUUGACCACUUUAUGAGAUAAGCAUGAGUGCGAGAUGUGCAGCAUAUCUCUUCAAACAAAAGGUCUGUGGUGGUUCAAAUUGAACUGUAGUCUAAAACAGUGCUGUGCUGGCUUUUGUGUUGAUGUUUCCCUGACAUACUGUAAAGCCGAAAACAUGGAUCUGUAUUGAGCGUGUUCUUUAUAUGCUACGUAGAGCAGAUCUGGGUAUCGCAUACAGGAUGUGUAUUUGGAGCGUAGCAGCAGCGUAGUGCAGCCCCGGUCAGCUGGGCUCAGUAUAGAGGAAACAACAUCCUCACAACAGGUUGUUUCUCCUUUCUGUGGUCGAUUUCCUGCUAAUUUGGAUAUAAUUCAGUGACCGUUGAGCCUCUACUAUAUGUGAAAAAGCAACGUAAUUUUACAGCUUCGGUUUUUUCAGGUUUACUCGUGUUUAAUAAAGUAAACUAUGAUCCUUUAUGCUGUGCUGUUACCUUCAGACAAAGUUUGCAAUUAAAAGUCUUGUUGGCGUCCACAUGGAUCAGGGAUUGACCAUCAGGUUGUUAGGUGUUACUGAUAAAUCCAUAACCAGGAAGUAUCUCUCAUCUAUACGAACUGAUACACAGUCGGGAGUUUGCAUAUGCUGUUUUAUUUUGAAAUACUGGAUGACGCGCGGUUUUCAUGCUUGACUUCCUGUCUGGAACGAUCUUCUCUGUGGGGAUUGACGCGCAUUGGAAGCGUAGAGCAGCAAAAAUAGACUCGUCGCGUAUCUUUAGCAGAGCUGCUCUCGACACGAUGCUGCGGCGGAGCUGCUGCCACGCUCCAAAUACGCAUCCUGUAUGUUUUGGCCUUAAGUGUGAAGAGCUGCACCUGCGUGCUCCAAGUACAUUAAAGACAGUUUCUUGAAGUUUAAUUUGAUCUGCGUUUACAAUUACUCCCCACCAAUACACAAAGAAGGGACUCGAGUGAUUUGGAUAUCAAACUUGUAAAAUAAAAAAGAGGCUGAAGCUCAGGCCCAGUUCACAAAUCAAAAAUGGUGUUACAGGUCAGAGUUACAGGUUUUGAAACCCUCAGUUUUGUGUCUGUUAAGUUGACAAUGAAAACAGAAGUUUAGGAAAACACUAAGGUCAUGACAUGAUAUUCACAUAAAAUUAGCUGUUGUUUAAAUGUGCUGCACAUGCCCAAAGUCCGUGGGCAACUGUUGUAUUUCUGCUCAGUUUUACUGCAUUUUCACAGGGAAAAGUAUUUUUUUUAUCACCGGUAGGAAAAUGUUUUUGAUUUACGACUCCAUACAUAGUGUAAAGAUCACAGUUUACUACAUAUUUAUUGUUCUUUGGACCACAACAUCUCAUGUAGUUUUUACUGUUUAAGUGUUUCCGAUAUUAAUAACUGUCUAAAUGAUAAUUAAAGACAUUCUGUCAGUCACUGCAAAUCAGCAUUUAAAUUAAACUUAAGUAGAAGAUUUAAUAUCUAUUUAAAAUCAGUGGUUGAGUUCUGACCUCAAACUGAUCAUCUGAACUGAUAAAUCGAAUCAACAAUGCCGACUUUGGGGUUGAUCUGACCCCACUUAGAGAUCUGUUGUCGACGAGGAAGGUUUCUAUCUGUCUCGGCUGAAACACGGGGAGCGGUGCGACUCUGUGCUGAACAAUAGAUAACAUGCUGCAGCUAUUGAUCUCUGCUGGUAUUUUAAGUUUUGGGGUGAGGGGCGCUCUAUCAGGUUUCCAGGCACAACUGCUCAGUCUGCCUGCUGGAGCUGCGUCCAUCUUUAGAGGCCCCCCCGUCUGCUGCUGCUGCUCUGUGAGAAAGCUGUGAAUCCUUAAGAGUGUCGAAACAGAUGCAGAGGUGGCUGUAAAAGCGUCAUAUGAAGAUAUCCGCUCCACCGGUCUGUUUAUUUAUUAGAGUCUUCUCCUUACUGAUAGAUCUAUGACCCCUUUACCGCGAUUAUACUCUGUUUUUCAUCAACCGCUCAAGAUGCUUUGAAUAAUAUUGACUUAAAUGCCUCACCAGCCCCUGCUAUGACAUCCAGUUUCACAAUCAUAUUAAAGAGAAUGGGAAGAAUAGAUGUUGUCUAAUUUGAACCCGCCAUAUUAGCCACCAUUAUCACAGUGAGACACAGAGGCCCUUGCAGCGGGGCUGAUUACAGAUACUGUUAUUUGAGAAAUUGCUCAUUUGGCAAAUGCUUAUGUUGUCUGAGAUUUAAAUCUUCAUUUUCAUGGAUGCGUUUCAUGGGAUUUGUUUUUUAAUUUAAACAGACAAAAGAAAUCGGAAAAAAAAAAAGAGACUAUAUAGCGGGACAAAUAAUCAUUGACACAGAACCGUUCAACAGUACAUUUGAGCCUCACAUCGACCUUGAUAAACUCAUCCCUCAAAACAAAAACACACGACUCACAUGGGAAAUAAGCAACAGUGAGCCUAAUGAUGGAAACAACUUAAUGUGGCGCCAACAUCACCCAGACUCCUCCCUGACAGCGCGGUUUGGCAUUGUGUGCGUGCGUAAUGUCCAUUUGGGACGGGCGGGCUAAUUUAGCGCCAGCGAGAACAGCACCGUGCGGUCCUAAUCAUCACCAAGCCGCCAAAAUCGUCCCCCAGUCGCCAUCAUGCUGUGGUCCACUCGCAGCGCAGACACGGCUGCAAAGCUAGGGGUUCGUCUGAAAGUCAAGCUGAGAUUUUUGAAAUAACCCGAGUUUAUGAGACACCCCGCAGCUGUCGGGUGAACCCGGUAAAAGUAACUGCUUCAAUAUCCUGACCUUAUUUACUGUCAGGGUUUGUCUAACUUUGACUUUUUCUGUCUUUGUGUUAGCACUCAGACUGAAUCGGAUGGUUUUUGUUGGUAGAGGUAGAUUUAGUCCGUUUCGUCCUCCUAAUCAAGGUCAUUGAAUUUUGCUGCGUAUGUGCAGAGUUGGUUGGGUAGACUGUUGUGUGUCGCUGAGUUUCUCCAAGACGGUCUCGUUGCAGGACCCACCUUCAAUGAGCCGACCAGAAGUUGAUUUGAAGCCUUUCAAGCAAAUAAACCAGAAGUACUUUUUUAAUUUUUGUUUACGUUGGAAGUUUUCCUCCCACAUCCCAAAAACAUGCAGAAGUGGGUUUAGGUUAAUUGGCCAUUUUCAAAUUGCCCGUAGGUGUGAAUGUGAGCGUGGAUGGUUGUUCAUAUUUAUAUGUCAACUCUGCGAUGAACUGGCGACUUGUCCAGGGUGUCCCCUGCCUUCGCCCGAAGAACCUAGGAUAGGCUCCAAACGUAAAUAAAAUGCUGCUAAUGAGAAUGGUGCAUGUAGUUUAUAGAUGGUUGUUUAUCAAUGCGCUUCAUUAACUUAUCUGCAAAAGUUGAAAAACUUUAACUCAUGCACAUCGCUCUCUUUAAAACUCUUCAUUUUGUUACUGUUUGGGUUCAGGUCCUCUAAUUUUUGAGAAACCACAUUUCAGCGGAGAAUCUCAAAGGUGCUCAUCCUACCCGCUGAAGAGAUGCACAAGUUAACUCGCUUGAUUUAAAUAAACAAAUAUGCAUAUGAAGGGAAUUAGGUUUGGGUGGCGCUGAGGGAACUCCUGUUUGUUUGUGAUUUUUUAAAUCUUUGCCAAACCUCAUUUAUAAAAAUGUUUUUUUGUCAGAAACUUUGCUUGCUCUUGGUCUCAAAAACACCUUCUUACAUACCCACCUAAAAAAAAAACAGAGCUGUCAGAGAAAGUGUCGUCACAUCGAUUAACCCACAUGAGAGGAUUCUGACUGACAAACUGACUCCUCAGAAAUGGGUCCUCGGCUACAUGAGGGCUGCUGUAACUGAUCGUGUGAACGAUGAACCCCUGGACUGAAGUUUCGGCUGGCGAUGGUGGUGUGUCUCCAAAAGUCUUCCCCGGGGAAACAUCUUCCCCACCUCGUGCCGCUGGCUUUCCCGGUAACGCUAUAUCCACAUCAGAGAGGCUGGCUUCAUUGAUUUAGCACUUAGCUCCAUUGUCCCAUAUGAACAGUUAUCAUUUUUGGCCGGGGGCCAGAGUCCAGGCGUCAAAGUCACCGAUCGAUGCUCCAAACUUUGAAAAUGGGGGUGGCAGAAUUUAGACUGAGGUAUAGAUUACGGGAAGUGGGGAGAUAUAUGAGGGGGCGUAUACGGAGGUCAGACUGAAAAGGGAAAUAUUAGUCAGAUUGGUGUUAAGAAAAAUAAAAACACACUAUUACAAACAUCCUAAAGGCCAAAUCUGUCAUUUUAACCAUAUUUUUACAUUUUAAAAUUGAACUUUGAGGAGUUUAAAUAGUCUAAUUUGAUUUAACUGUGCCUCUUUCAAGCCUAUCAAAGGGUUGGAUUUGACAAACUACUUUUUCUAGCAGCAUCGGUCAUGUCCAAAGAUGAUCCAAAGAUCGGUUAUAGCUUUAAAAAACUAAGACUGAAGUUUCUGAAGUGUGUAUCAAGUGCUUCAGGUGGAGGAAGAAGGUGAAUAGCUGAUAAAUGAAUGCGUGUUUGGGUCAUUUGCAUUCACAAACAAAGAUUUAACUUUGGUCUCAAAUACAAAAACUAGUUUCUUUUUACAGACUCUCUAGACUCACUGCAGUUGCUGUUCAGUUCAUCAGACCUGGUGUUUGAGGUCUUCAGCAGGCCAAAGAGAGUUGAUACAGUCCUUCACUGCUAAAGUAUCAAACCUUCAAAAUCUGCUCAUAAUUUUGCAGCGAAACAGUUUAAUUUCAUCAAUAUUUAUCGUCUCUUUCUUGUAAUGACAUCAGGCGACGAUCCUCUCCAACAGUCUGGUGACUUUUCUUUAGGAGAGUUUGGAUUGCACUCCUAAUUUCUGGACAGUCUGUUUAAGCACUCUCUUGGGAGUGUUCGGCAGCAUGAAGAGCAGAUGGGAAGUUUAGCUCAGAGAUCAUCUGUAUGAGAUUUGAGAUCUGACCCCGUUCACAGGGGCCACAGUUUGUCUUCAUGUUUUCAUGUCUGAGCUGCCGAGUCACAAACUUCUCAGGAGUUUAUUGCAGAGACGUCUACAUAUAGUGGCAAAAAGCUUCUUCAUGAGACCGUAGUUUGCAUCAAGAGAGAAAAUGCCGACAGUAAGAGCGUGCUGAUUCAGAUUCAGGUGUGCAGGUUAUUUCCACGCCAGUCCGAUGUUUUCAUCAUCCUUUCACCGUGCCUCUUUCUGUACAAGCACUGACUCUGCAUUCAUGUAAGAAUAACACUGAUUUGCAGGAAGGAAAAAUAUCAUUCCUUAUUCAGUUUACGAACAAACACAUUUCUCAGCCUAAUAUUUUCCUCCCUAAAGGAAGCACGUUCCAGUUAAUCAAACCUAAUUACCCUUUAUUGGAAAUACUAUUAACGCCGGAGCGGUUUCUGAGCGGAGUAAUUUAGCUUCUUCUUCCCACGUUGUCUAAAAUUGGGAAGGCUAAAUGAUGUUAUCAUUGCCUUGUUAAUUCACCUAAUAAUUUCUCAUUUAUUUAGAUGAUGAGAUCAAUAACUCAGCUCGCCCGGCUAAUAGUCUACCUGUGGAUUAAACAAAUAACACUUCUGGACAUAUAAUCCUCCAUAAGGCUUUUUUCCGCUUUAGUUAAGCAGCCUGCAAUAUUUUAUGUCUCCUCAGCAGCUUGGAGAUGAUAAACGGAUUCAUAUAAAAUUUAAAUAUUAAUUAUGCGCCUUUUUGCUUUCAGCUGUUUCCCAGCAAAGCCUCCACCGUGCUGCUGAAGAUUUAUCUUUAUUCACCAAAGCAAGAGCUUUGCAUUCACAAAAGGAUCCGACUCGAGCACAAAACGCUGUCAUAUGAAGUUAAGCGGACAUUUCGCAGCAUCAUUUAUAAACAGCAGAGGAGGAAGGUUACAUAACGCUGCACAAAGUUACUCGAUUACAGCCACAGAACUCUCCGGUUGUUCGGCUGUUAUAUAUGUUUCUUACCGUUUAACUUGUCAGAUCACCGACAUGCAGCCCUCGGGCCAUCAUCCACCAAAACAGGAGGACUCAUUUUAGAUCUAUGAACCCGCUUGAAAUCAAUCAAAUGCCGAUUCAGACAAGAGUGAGUUAUUUUCUUAAUGGUUAGGUCAUCCUUUAUGUUAGGACGUAACCAGGAGAAUCUCCAAACAUCAGCACAAAGCUUUAAGAGAAAUCGCUUCUUAUUUAUUCUACUGUCAGGACAGCUCCGAAGGUACAAGCUCACCUCACUGAGUAAACACAUGCUGGCAUUUGCUAGCAUAACACCAUUAGUACACACCCUGUCUGUCUGGGUUACCACUUCAAAGCUUUACUACACAUCAUUAGCUUGAAGAGUUCCUUCAGUAAAUAUGAUUAAUGGGGCUUUCUAAGUUCAGUUUGACAUCUUCAAAUUUAAUAACAGCCUGCAGGCUAAAUCAAACUGUAAUCAUUUGCUGCGACUGCUAGCUUGUACCUGCUGUUGUGCUGAUAACAGAUGCCGAUUAGCAUUUCAUCAGAGUUUGACGCUCUGCGCUUAUGUCAUGCAUAUGUUUCUGCAUCACCUACAGACUUGGAUGUCAUGAGCAAAGGAGCAUCUGGGAGUUUCUGCUUCAGCUGAAACUGGUGCUUUUAUUGUAAAAAAAAACAUUUAGUAAUCAGACUUGACCAAGUUCCUCACAGACAGUUCAGUCAAUCAGUAAAAGCAAUUAAAUUAAUUACAGACUAAUAUUUAUCAUGCGGAGAUGAUGCGAUGAUGAUGCUCUGCGCUUUUUCAAAACUUUUUAACCGUAAUGGUAACUUAAUUCAGCUCCAUGACAUCAAAUGAUUAAUACGCCGCCGACUACAUUCAGAGGGAGAAAAGCAAUCCCUCUGCCUCAACAUGUCCACUACUGAGAGAACAGUGAGUCAUCUGUCAAAAUACUUCUUCGGACUCUGAAGGCGGACCCGCUAAUUUAUCAAAAUCCAAUCACACAAAGCAAAGUCAUGCAAAGAGAGAAACGAUUAAAACCUCGCCAAGCACAUGAGUGACGGGACACCAAGACGUCUACGGGGAACCGAAACACAUCAGGCCAGUAAACCAGGAACACUUUGACGUAAAUUUACACAAAUAAAAAUGCCCAUAAUGCUCUUGGAUUAAUACCUUAAAAAUUUUCUGAGAACUGUUCGCCUGUUCGGACCGGGUUUUGCUCAUAAACUAGGAAGUCUAAGCGUGCCCAGCGCUUACAGACAUCCUGUUUAUGAUCCCCAAACAGUUAAUGAAGUCAGCACUGAGUGUGAGAAAGCAGCAAGGCUCAAAGUCUUUCUUCUUCUGUGAAGUCAAGUGCUUUGUAAACAAAUUUAUCCAUCAAACAUUUAGAGUUUUACCCUUUACUUAGUCAGUAACUAUUCACCGCAAAGUCAAUAUUUGUACCAAAUUUGCAUCAAUUUGGCAUCAUGAGUAUUUUCACUGUCCACAUUUGUUCACCAGAGAAAAGAUGGUGUUGGUAUAAGCUUCUGACUACAGAUUAACUAUAAUCCCUUAUUAGAAAGGGAUUAACACGUGUAUCAACCCUGUGCGCACAGAGUGACAAAGUGUCGAUUCAGAACUAGACUAGUGUCCAGUUACUCUUCAUAUGCGUCCCUCACUUUUCCUCUUUUUUUCUGUGCAAGUUUGAGGCUGAAUUAAACCUUUAAACACAGAAUAUUUCACAUCAUUUCACAUUAUUCAAAACUGUUAUUCACACAUCUUUUUUAGACUUAAAUUUCAUGCUGCAAAACCUUUUAUGUGCACAGAUGUUUUUAUUAUUUUUCACCAGAUGCAGUUUUUGAGGAAACUUACUUGAGUAAACCUACUUUGAGUAAACAGCAAAUCAACUUGUCCCACAAUAUUGUGUUGGCUUGUGUUGGUUGUGUUUGCUUUACAUCGAGGUGUGAUCAGUUGCAAAUGUGGUGUGUUGUUUCCCCCUCUAUUCUAGCCAACAAGACCCUUAUCUGAAGUUAGAAGUUCACAGUGCACAACUUUCUGAAUAUCUAAAGGGUGCCUCGCAAAGAUAGUAAAAUGGGAGCAAGAGUUAACAUUACUGAUUCCCCUGCUUUUUAAAGAUAAACAAUUUUGGGCUCCUUGCUUUUAUGAAAAGGAUAUUCCAGCGUAAAAUGAAUUCAGGGUCAAACACACCGUAACACUCAGUUAGACACCCCCUCGAGAGAUGAAUGUUGCUGACUGCUUGCUUCUCCAGUUAUACCAACUUUAGUAACGACCGCACGAUAGCAAUACACAGCGGUCUGAGAGCCGUAAACAAACCUCAACCAAAAUUCCACUCUAUAGCCACAAAUAAUGGUCAGAACAGCACCUAGCUUCAUCAACAGUACGUAUAGAGUCCCAGACAUAGUACUAGUCACCAAACAUCUUUUUAACUUUGCCUGAUUUCUUUAGCAAAGAGACUAAACACAACUCACCUACUCUCUUCCAACAGCCGAUUGUUUGUGGCUAGACCUCGGGCCAGUCCAUUACGGACUACAGUGGGGUGACGCAACUCAAGGAAGAACAUUUAUGAUCAUUACUUCAUCAUUUCCUUGAAGUAAUAAUCAUCAUAUUAAUCAUUUUGCACUACAAAUGCGGUGGUUCUAAUGCAAUAGUGUUUCAGUCUGAUUGUAUUUCAAUAAAGAAAUGAUCAUAAAUGUUCUUCCUUGAGCUGCGUCACCCCGCAGCAGUUCGUAACAGACUGGCCGAAGAUCGAGCCACAAACAAGCAGCUGCUGGAAGAGAGUAGGUAAGUUGUGUUUAGUCUCUUUGCUAAAGAAAUUAGGCAACAUUAAAAAGAUGUUUGGUGGAUAGUACUAUGGCUGUGAUCCUAUAUGUCCUGUUGAUGAAGUUAGGUGCUGUUCUGAGCAUUAUUUGUCUGUUUACUUAAACAUGGUUGACUUACUGACCUACUUUGUGAGGAUUUGUUGUGUUAGCACAAUUCAUCAGAUGAUCAGACCUCUCUAUCCACUUCAAACUGCUUUUAUUCCUUUUUCCACAGAAGCGACAAAUCCUCAUGGUGUACCUGUCUCUCAUCAUCAUCAGUCCUUCACCAUCUGGAUGAAUAAACCACUGCAUUCUGCACAGUGUGAGUGAUUUGCUCUGAUUUUUUUUUUUUACUUUGGCGAUUGAUGAAACAUGUCGUGAAUUUGCACCAUUCAUGUCUAUGAGUCUCCCAGUUAGUGCAACGUCAUUCAGGUCACCUGACAAGAACUCACGUCUGAUCAUGUCUGCACAUUGACUUCACAAUAUAUUUUUUUCAUGAGUCUGGUGUGAAUGCUACAUAAAAUCUGUCACAAAUCUUUUCAAACUGAGUUUGUCCCAGUUUUAAUUAACUGAUAAAGUUAAGCUUAUUGUGUCUCUUGCAGAAGUGGUAUGGUUGAAUUUAGAAAGUCCCUGCUAAGAAGGUGUUUCCAGUAUUUUAGGAGUGCAGAGGAAGAAAAGGUUAGACAUGCCAUCUGAAGCCCAUCGUGUUUGAGUAGAAAGGCAGAAAUCUGCUCUGUCUCCUGUAACACACCUGCCUGUAGUAAAAGUAUGAGUCUGCAGAGCUGAAGCAGCAGUUUCAUGAUUCCAGGAGAUUCUUGUCAUGAAUAGUCUGCAGGCACACUUGGCUCAAAGAACGAGAGCAGACACAGUGAUUGGUUUGAUACGUAUUGUGUCCAAAACACACUCGUGAAUAACUGAGGGAUUCUGCGCCACAUUAUAUGCAGUCGAAUCGGCUAAAUUUGGCUCUUUUACUUUACACUGCUGUGCGUUUUAUACCGUUUAAGUAGAGCCCCUUGAGUUUUUGUGUUUUAAACGUGUUUUCAGGACAUCUUAAGAUGUUAAAUUAUGAUCAGCUCUUCUUCUUCUUCUUCAGCUGGUGUGCAUACCUCCGGCUCUCUCCUCAAAGCUUCUGUUAGGGUCAAAUGAAAAUGCUUCUUUGCACAUGUCCUACAGACACAGAAUAAAAUACAUGCCAUUUAAUAUAAAAGAAGUAAUUCCAGUAGUAAGAGGUGACCAGGAGGGAAACAGCAUCAUGCAGUGCUCCUAUACUCUAGCUGUAGAUCUCCACUUAAGAGGCCUCGUAAAGAUUUGCAGAGUUUUUCGCUCUAAGCAAGGAGAAAAUUGGGUGCCAUUGCAACAAAUGAAUUUCACCAUGUCUUGGAGGCAAAUGAAAACCCUUCACUCUGAGUGGAUCUGAGCAGCCAGGAGUCAUCGCCGGCUCUCCCUGGUGUCACCUCGAGCCUAUUAGUCUCUAUAAAGGAUGAUGAAUUAGAGACAGAGGGGGAGGAAAGCUCCAGUACCGACGGCAAAGAUGGGGGUCAUAAGAAUGAUAAAGUGAACAGCGUGAGCGCUUUAAUGGGCGACGCCAGCAGAGAGGGCGGACAGGAGGAGGAACAUGAAAUCUUUAAGAGGGGAUUUCCACGCUCUUCUCUCAAUUGUACACAACACAAAUUCAGGAGUGUUUCAUAUAAAUCUCAAUCAAUUUUCCCAGGUAGCACACGUACUAUUUUACUUGGCAAGAGCUGACAUUGUUAAAGUUUUGCUUCUGCUGAAAUAUCACUGACAGGUUUAAAAAUAAACAAAAGUUAUUAAAGAGAACGACAGGAGCCAUCAAUCUAAGUCUAGAUCAGACCGACUGAUAAUGAUUUCCCACUCCAACUUGAAUACAUGCAGACAUUUAGAUACGGAGCUGUAGGAUCGCACUAGCGUGGUUAUAAUCCAGUAUGGUUUACACUCUGCUGCAACAUGUCAGAGUUUCAUUAUGAGUCCAAACCGAGUGUGCGUCUGUAAUUUUCGGCCUGUUUUAAGCCUUUACAGUUUGAUUUUGUUUUUCAAAAAAUGUGAUUUUUUAUCAUCGUUUUUAUUUUCUAUUUUUCUUCCAUUCAUACGCUAAAUAAAUUCCUGCAAACGUCAGUAAGACCGUGUGAACACAAACGAUCACAUCUGACCUAGCUGGCGUAAGGUUCAAAACCACAGUGAACUUACCCGACCUGCACUCGUAUGUAAAGGUGGCGGUAAAAGUAUUAGUCCUCAGGGGUUGUUUUAAUGUUAAUCGGAGCGUUUCCAUGACCACGAUGAUAAACAAACGCCGUGAAUGUGGACGUACGUGCGCCGCUGCACAGAAGGAACUAAAAACCGUGGACAGUUUUGUCAGAAUGAUGAGUCGACGAAUCGUCAAAAAAAUCUGCUGAUGGUUACCGACAUGUUGAGCUUAAACUCUGCCAAGAUGAUCAGACACGGUUUCUCGUGAGAAACGAACCCCAGAAGAAGUCGGUCUUUUUAUGAUGAGGAAGUGCAGUAGAAAUCCAAGAAUCUACCUGUACGUGUGGAGGACAAGCUCUUUUUGUCCGAUGAAUAACGGACCUGACUGAAAAAGUCGAUCUGAAGACGAACUCUUAAUGCAGUUGGAAAUGAGUCCAAGCUAAAACAAACCUUGUAACACAAAUUACACAAGCAUUAUUGCUUCAUAUGUGUAGUGUUCAAUUUGUUUGACUGCUUAUCUGCUGGAAACCGGAUUUAUUUAACACUUUAGCGCUUUUGUAGAAACUUUCAUGGUCUUGGAAAUCUGUAUGAGCAGCGACUUUAGUUCGGGGAAAGCCCUUUUUACCGUGAGUGCUGCAGCUCUUGGUGAGACUGGCAUCUCCUCAUUGGUCUUUACAUUAACAGCCGAUUCUGGCAGAUCAGUCCUGCCUCAGAAAUAAACCCUUUGCCUCCCGAGACGAGAGUCAAUCAGAGCUAUGCUGUGUGAGACAGUUCAAACAAAUUGCUAUCAUAUAAUAUUCUGAAAGAAGAAACACUUAGUCUGAGCUCUUAAUGGGUCCUUGUCUUGAAAAACCUUCAUCUGACGUUGACAAACGAGGCGCAGUCCUACCUGGAAUAACAGCUUGUGCAUUACUUCAAUGAUAAUAGCUGGACUGAAUGAGGUCAUGGCGUAUUUUUCUUGUAUAAAUUUUCCCCAUGCAGGCAAGAGCUGAUUUUUGUAUCAGUGUGAUAGUUUGUAUUAAGCUAAAAUCUAUAGCCUCUCAAGUUUCUAAAUAACAGCAGCUGCUGGUCAAUACAUGAGAUUGUACGCCAUAAAUCUGCGACUGCAGUCAAUAUAUUUAAAUAUUCAAAACAAAGAAGAAAGCCUGUCAGGGGUUUUGAUGAAUACUCUAAAGGGUUUGCCAUUUUUCAUCCGGCAGCUGACAUUUGUUUUGCUUUUCAACAGAGAUUCAUCAAUAAUAAUUAUGUUUUCGCUGUUAUUAUCAGACAUUUAUCAUAGCUAGUGGGCUGCAUUCAUGAGCGGGCAUUUUUAGUACAGUGGGGGUAAUUUCAAACCCUUUAAGUUCUGCAGUUUCGGCGGUGCAGUUGAAAUAUUUAAGGGUCAGAGGCGAUCCUUUUUUCGGACAUGAGGAUGGAGCUUUAGAAGAGUGAGGACUUGUAAAAUUUUAAGCCAUUAAGGCUAUGACUGUAGCUACUUCGUUAGCACGCAAAUUAGCAGUGGUAUUACCAACAAAAGGAGAUUUUACAAGUGGUGAUUGCAAGUCAUAGUUUUACAUAUUUUAGACAAAAAAGCUAAAAAAAACUUCCCACCUAUAAACUAACCAGGCAGGUAUGAUGGUUAAAGACACCAAAACUUGCUAGCUGGUGCUAAAAUGCUGAUAAAAAGGUCCUAUAUAGACUCACUAAAAAAUGCUGAGUCAUAUGUGCUGCGUUCCAGUUGUACUUGGAACGCCCCCCUGAAGUCGGAUUUCCGACUCGGAAAGUCGGACGAUCCUCGCCAACCCCGACUUGACGACAACGUCAUAAUCCAAGAUGGCAGCGCAGUGCAUCAACAGUAAAGGGUAACAGUUUUAGCUCUCGUGAUAUUUUAUUUAUUAGCACUUCUGUUUUGUUUUUGUGAAAUUAAAUAAGUGGUUUAUGUUGUACUGCCCAACGUCUAACUGUGAACACGGUGCUAUGGUGUUUGUAAGAGUAAAACACUUUGUUGUGCGUUGUUUACAACUGGUAUAGCUAACAACAACUAACAACAGCUGACAAUGGCUAACAACAAGUGACAACCGUAAACAACAACUUACAACGGCUAACAGUAGGCAUCCAUCUUGGUUUUCCGACUUGGUUACUGGAAUGCCUUCAACUUGGGUGUAACAUCAUUCCCAGCUCCAACAUCCAACUUCCGAGGUAACUUUAACGCAGCAAUAGUUGGUCAGCGUGUUAGCACAGUUAGCUCUGCCCAGCAAGCCAUGUUUCUACUUCUGACCAUUUGUCCAAAAAGAACAAAUAAAAGGUUAAAGAGAUAUUUUCGCUUUGGCGUAGAGUUGAAUGACCACUUGUCAGUGGUAAUGAUGAUAAUAACACCCAUGGGGGGAUGUCAGCCAGCCGUGCUUGCCCAUUCUUUCGCAUCUUGCUGGUUCACAGUUUAACACAUCUGUAACAUGUAACUAGAGAUCGCUCCUCUUCGCAGGUCUCAAGCCGUGUAGUUCACAGUUUAAGCUGGACUAACCCAGCACAACAAAGAAGAUAACAUUAUAAAAAUGAUGUCUCGGAAUAGCAGGAUGGAGAUUGGUGGGAAACUGAACAUCAGAUGACCAGCAGUGAAAGAGAAGUAUGAAUCCUAGUGAGACAAGUUUGUUCAUGACCCUGAUAGUUUAAUGUCCAUCAUUUUCAAAAACAGAUCAAGAUAAAGCAUGAAGAUGGAUUAAGGAUUAAGGUGUCGUCGUUAAGGCUUGGCGUCUUAUAAAUGGAGGAAUCAGAAUAAGUAUAGAAACCACAAGUUACGCAUUUUAACAUGGGACUGAAUGGGGAGUGAUUCACUCAAGGAGCCAGCCUCAAGUGGUGACUCAAGGAACUGCAGUUUUUGGUUCUUCAGCACUGACUUCACAGGCUGUCACUUUGGUAUUAUUUCUUCUGUUCAAGACAAGCUCUGAGCUAUGAGGAGAAGUUGCUCGAAUGGACACUCUGUAAUAGAAACAGAUGGGUUUAAAGUGACACAUCAUCUCCGCGAGUGUAUUAACCUCUGCUUCUGCUCCUCUGCCAUGUGAACCUGCAGUAUCCUCUUCCCGGCAUGGAUCGCUGACAGCUGAGAAGCUAAGUAUUGUGUAAUUGCAGGAGCCGUGGCAGCAUGCCGUGCAAUAAUACGCUAAGUGACUAUUAAUCAUUUUGGUGACAAAUAACAAAAUAAAGGCAAGACGUGGGAAGAGACGGAGAUUUGAUUGAUGCUCGGCAGGAAAAGUUAUCUGUCUCCUAAUUGCUGAUGAGGCACUGUUUUUUUUUUUUUUUUUUGGAAGUGAGUGUGUGAGUUUUUUUAAUCCUCUUUGCACAGGCGCUGUUUGAAAUAUUGGACAACAGCUAUGACAGUUUAAUUGCUUUUACAAAAUUUAAACCCAUCAUUAAAUCUGAAUAGGCGUCUAAAUCCUCCCUCUUUUGUGGAGAACUUCUGGUUCUUCGGUCUCUUUGUUCAAACUCUCUGACAUGUUAAGAGGUUGUUUUGACAGUGAUGACUGGUUGAGUGGCUUUAAAAGUUCUGUUGGAUUUUCAUGUGGUUGAAAUGAAUUUAUUUCCAAUUAGUGUCUGGCAUCAUUUCUAUUUUAACCUCAGAUAAGCAGCAGUGAGGUUUUUAAAGCAUUAUAUAUGUAUGACAGUUUCACAAAAUCAUGUUAAGAGAUUAGGAAAUACUCCAGGCGCAGGACUUGGUGAGCCUGCUCGUUCAAGAUUGUGUCAUUUUAGCUUAUUAUAGCAUAUAUUUCAGUACACAAGCGCAGUUUUUUUCCUUUUAAGCUUAUCUUGGUAGAUCGCGUCAAUGGCACAAACUGUAUGAUGAGAGUCUAAAAAUAUCUGUUUCAUAAAACAAAUGAUGAGGGUACAUUGAGAAGAUCAUAGAAGCAGUAAGAAUGUAUUUGAUCAUACUCAAUCCUCAAAUGUAAGACAGGUCUUGUGUUUGCUUUUACUGAAGAAGAUACCGGGCUUUUAUUUGAAGCGGACUAGUAUUAGAGGCAGGUCUUAUACUGUAUAUAUCAGAUUUUAGCUGUCUGAGAAUUGUGCAAAAGGUUAAUUGCAACACAAACUGCACAGCUGAGCAAAGGUUGUCUCCAUGUACCCGUGUUGUUUGCAGAAAUUUAGAUGAGCAUAAAUUCAUAUCAGCCAAAUAGAUACAUGUAAUUAGAGUGACAUUUUUAACAACUGCGUUUAAGCAUUUAUGCUCUGGAUGGCAUGAAAAUAAUAUAUCUAUACAUAAUAGCUGUUAACAUACUCUGAUAUCAGAACGUUGGUGGAGUUAAAUCCAACUGUGGCUCAUCCUCUCCACAUACAAGCUGCACCAUAACAAACAUUAGAGUAUUAUUUAUUCCCAAACAAGCUGCUUUUUGUCAGGUUGCUCCAGGAGAUAAGAUGGAUGUAAACUGUAAAAUUAGUCACAUCCGUCAUGAAUCAACUCUGCAAUAAAAUGAUACAGACACACUCUUUCAAUACAGCUUGUCAGAAUAAAGCACCGUCAGGAUUAGAGUGCACGGAGCAGCUCUGUGCAGCAAAGAGCAGGAAUGCUUGCAGUGGUAAAUUUAAGCUGGAGCGAACUAUGCAGAGAUGGUCUGAGAUUAAUUUCACUCCAAAUCUGAUGUUAAAUUGUACAGAGCAUGUGACUGGUACAUGAUCACUGUGAGCCUACUCGUGAGCUGUGAGCAUUAGUGUUGUGUCGUUCAUGAAUUGAAUUGAAUGAUUCGUUCCUUUCUCAGUUCAGUUGAGCUCAGCCGUGAGCGUGGCAUGCCAGUCGAGAGUGGAACUGCCGCCUUGACUCUUUGGCAAACGACAAAAGAGUCUUGUGAUUCACUCACAGCGAAUGAAUUAUAUGUAUCAGUCAGUGAAUGAAAUGUCAGUGAACGAAGAUCUUUUAGAAGUAUCAGAAUCCAAGCUACAGCUGCGAUGUUUAUUUAUUUUUGAUCUCUCCACUUUUCCGCAAUAUAAAACAAAAAUGACUUGCGCUCGUCUAGGGGGCAUGCUGCUGUAUUGUUUCCACCGACGGCGACACACAGAGGUGAGUUUUUCAGGGCAGGGGAGUGAUUCUUCCUUCACGACUUGGCGAAUGAACGACAUGUCACCCAGUGAACGACGCUGUGACUUCAGCAGCAGGGGAGGGGAGGGGCUUGUUCAAUGAACGAACUCGCGGCUGUGUCACUCACUGGUGUAAUGCACCGGCAGGACGGGGCUCUGAGGCACUGACUGAUUCAGUGAACGAAUCUUUUGAACAAAUCGUUUUAAUGAACGGAUUCUAAAGAUUCAGUACAGUCAAAAGGACUGAUCUUCCCAUCACUAGUGAGCAUGAUAUGACUCUAGAAGAGCAGCCAUGACUCCAGUUAUAGUAAGGGGCCCUGUUGCAGGUUGAGUUCUGUUUUUUAUUUGUGUAUUUAUGGUACUUUUGUAAUGCAGUAAAUCAGUAAAUGAUUACCAGAAGAACUGCUAAUUUUCAGUUACUUGCACAAUGGCGUUGUGAUCCAUUAAAUGUUGUGAGAUCAAAUCUUUGUUCAACAGGCUGCUCUCAUAACGUAACUUUUUAAGACAGAUGAGAGAUGAACACUGAUGAUAGUUGAGAUGGAGGCUGAGCUGCAUAAGGUGGAAAAUCAUCUUCGCUCCAAAUAUUUCUACUGUGUAAAUAAAGCAAAAGAGGAAAACGUUUUCUUAGUGGAUAAUAGCAUUUUCUUUGUCGUGCAACAAACGUCCUUCUUCCAGAAACCUCUCCCCCUCCACCCUGUACGUUCUCCAUCACUGGGUGAUUAGGGCUCACACAUGAUGGAUGGGUUCAGAGAGAAGAGCCUUUCUGUGCUUCUUCUCAGGCCUGAAUGUCAAAGACACACUCCCCAGCGGCCUCUACUCUACUACCAGAGCCUUUCAAACCUGCGUCCAAUAAUGCGACGGCACUUCAGACUAAAGCAGAAAUAAGAAGCAUGUGAGGGAGAGGGAGCAGGAGAGAGGGAAUCAGGGAGAAAAGGAAAACAAGCUGUUCACGCUGACAUCAAAUGCACCUCAGAGGGUCGUCAAGAGGAAGCAGUGAGCGAGCGUCGUCCCGGUAUGAGCGCCUACAGACGGGAAGUGAGUGCUCAAGCCGGGGGGGUGGGAGUCUGCAAGAGGAGGAUGAGCUAAUGCACAAGGGAGGAAGGGGGAGAAUCACCUCUUCAUCCUCUGGAUUCAACUUGAUUUAUGUGACAAUUUGAGAAACAUUAGGCACAAAUAAAAUCACACAGUUUCAUUUUGGUAGUAAAUCACAGAGGUAUUAGCGUGAUCCUCGGGAUGAGAUUGAAAUAGAGAUGGAAGGAAGCGUUUGUGAAACAGAGUGAUGAAGUGAGGAUACAUGCAGAUGGAGAUUGAGUAGAUUCCUCAUCAGAACACAAACGUACAUCAGCGUUUACGAUCCAAUAUAAAGAGGUGAUCUGAGGAUUUUAAUAAAAGCUUCGAUAUGUUAUUUCUUGUGCAUGUUAAAGCUGAGGUAGGCAGGAAUCCGUUAAAGAGGCAUCUUUUUUUGUGGUGUAAAUACAAAAAAAGCUUUUAAUAUCAGUCAAUAGUUAUAAGUUAUUGAUGACAUUUGGGAAUAUAACAAUAUUUCUGUGUUUUGUCAUGUCUGUGUCGUCAACAUUUCUAAGAUUUCAGAGCGCUCCGUCCUCUCUGACUGUAAACAAAGCCAUUCCCCGCCUCCUUCAACCUGAUUGGUUAUGAGGCAGACGCUGCUCCCCCGUGUCGUUCCGGAGCCCCGACAAAGUUAGCGUGCUACAAUAUCAGACAGUAGAAACCAACCAGAAAGUACAGAAAACUGUAUGAAUCCUCCUUUAGCCACAACUGCCGACACAAGUAAGAAAACAAAGUAAAUACCGGAGACUCUGGCGGAAUAACGGGCGCUUAAAAAGGAGGUAGACCGGACAAGAGCUGAAACCCGGGUCAACAAUGAUAGGGGAUGCUUCAGGAUCUUACAGACCCGUAACCUUUCUGCUGGACAGGUAAACCGCUUUAACAAAGUAAGACAAGUGUCUGUAACAGAAGUGUUUCUUGUCAAACGGACCUGCUGUAGCGUGUUGUAGCGCCAUCGCUAAACUGUCCUCCCUCGGGUCCUGGACUAUGUCACUUUAUCCUAGUUGUAGAAGUCCUGCAAACAUUGUGUUUGCUGGUAGUCUGUUGGCAUCUACAGUAGCACCAAUGCUGUUUACUUUCAUGUUGACUGGGCCCCAUUUGUAAUUAUCUGAAGUAUUUAUCUGCAUUAUGUCUGAAUUUAAUUGAAACGAUACGAGCGAGCAGGAGCAUCUGUUUGUGGGCGGGGCUUGCUGGAGCAGAGAGGAGGAGCUGAGGAGAAAACUGGUUGGGAGGGGUAGAGUUUACAUUCAAGAUUUCUCCCAGAAACUGCCUACCCCACCUUUCAUUUUUGCAGUAAUAAUACUUUCAUUUAUCUUAUAAUGCUCUUCACCUCCUUCACAGAAGAAACAAAUAAUUUGGUGCAGUCCGCAGAGGGUAAGACACUCUGAUCAGGGUUAAAGCUCCAGUACAGAGUUUUUAGCUGUUUGCAAAACAAAUAAGAAUUGAUAUUGAUGAAUCCUUCUGCGCUAUCAAAGAGUAUCGUUAUAAAGACAAACUAUUUCUAAUUUUUUAUUUUUGAGCUCCUGUGAGGAACUUUUUGUCUGUGUUGAUUUUGGCGCCCCCUGUGGACAACACUAUAACCUUGAUAUUGCUGCUUAACAAAAAAGUGUGCAGCUUCACUUAUACUUAUUUGGAUGAGCAAUUUAAUUACAAAUACUCUCAUAAUUAGCUUAUAUCUACCGUACAAGGUAACCCCAAAACUGCCCGGCUCACACCGCAAAAGUCUCUCGGAUUUUAUAACCCAAAUGUUGGCAGGUAUGGUUUGUAUAUUGUAUUGAUUUUUGCUUGAUCCAAGUGUAACCAGGCUUCAUUAAAGCACCUGUAAAGAACUUUUUGUCUGGGCUAGCUUUGGCGCCCUCUGUGGACAACUUAGCCAGUUUUGUCUUGCCCAUAAGAAAGUCGAGUUUUCUGACAAUUGAUGCUUUUAAUCAGUGAAAUGGGUUAAAUGGGUCACAUAGUGUGAAAAUAAGAAUAUAUCUUUAAAGAACUGUAAAUCAUUUCCCCCCAUCAGAAGUUACAGGCAUAAAAAACCUGACAUGAAAAUAAUAAUUGUCCUGUUAUCGGUGGCCUUGUUUUCCUCUGUAAGUCACACAGAGCCAUCACUGUUAAUUUCAGCCUGUUUCUAAACCUGUCAAAAACUCUUCACAGUGGCUUUAAAGUAAAAAUUAUAUAAAAUCUUUUCACUAAUUAUGUCCUAAUUAUGUGAAAGUAGAGUUUCCUAGAGAAAAAUCUCAUUCUGCUUUCAGUAAAGAGUUAACAAUGGCUGGUCUGGCAGAGCACAGUCAAUAUCAAAAUCAGCGAUAACAGGCAUAAAUAAAGUAUAAACUUUUAGUGUUUUCUGACCAGUGAAAACUCAUAUAGUAGCUUUAAAUAAGACAUUCUGAAACUUACAUAAAUUUUGAAGUUGUUACAUAAAUGUGCCUAACAAGAUAUUUUUUCUUUGAGGUUUACAAACUUCAUAAUGUUUAAGUUUUUGUCAUGUUGUAGCUUGAUGUCUUAAACCUCGAUGUUAAAAAGAGAAAGUGCAUCACCAUCUAAAUUCUGAAGCAUUUAUUUAUUUUUAAAUCAGAAUAGCGUCUUUAGAUGUUUUGAUUCAUUGACUCGCCUUCGAAGACUUUUCCACUUAAUUCAGUGGCAACAAAAAGCACCGGAGGACAGAGCAGUGACAGCUUGACUGACAGCGAUGUCAUUAAUGCCCUUAUGGCAACUGUCAUGGACGUGCCUGUCUCAUCCGCUCAGCCUGAAGACACUGCAUUUAAUUGAACUGUCAUCUUUAGGUCAAAGUAAUACCGCUCCAAAUGGCAGGACACUGACUAAGAUCACCUCUGACAGCAAUUACAAACCAAUCCACAUCCACAUCAGUUACAUCGCUGAUGUCUCCCACUUCAGAUUGAUUGUCCCUUAUCAAUCAAACUGUCAUUUGCAGGGAAAAAAAUUGGAUGUUAACAUGAUGAAUGGUUUGAUAGUGAAGUAAUAAUUCACAUUUUCAAAUGGAUAAAUGAUGGUUUUAAUCUCUGCUGCUGAUUGACAUGAAACAACAGUCAUACAAACUCUGUUUUUCUGUUUGUUGUCACAUGAACUCCACAUCCGAGAGGAGAAAUCCUCUUCAGCACAUUCUUAUUUUAUUUAUGUGUUGGUGGGAGGAAAACAGAGUGGUAAGGAUGCACUAUUUUCACUCGGGGACGGUUUUAAACUCUUGAGUUGUAAGACUAAUAAACAAAAAAAUGCACCAGACAACAAUGCUUUGUUAAUUACACUGCAAAAACUGACAACUAAGCGAGUGUUUUCCACUUAUUUCUAGUUAUAGAGGAUCAAUUAGUCUUAAUUUAAAGGCAUGGUUGACGAUGGAGAGAUUGGUAAUUAUUAUAAACCUCGUUUCUAUGGCGAUAAUGGUCCUAUAGCGCAAUCUCCACAAAGUAAAGAGAAAAGUGAAUGGAAAAAAAUCUGUUCACCCGAGCAGGUGCGGGCUGCAAAAAACAUUAACCAAUGGGAGCCAUCCGUCCCAGACAACUCCAAUUGGUCAAUAUCCUGCUCUGAGAAAAGAAUAUUUAGAAGCACCACAGAAAUGUCAGACUAAAGGUCCUUACACACCAGGAGCAUUUUUUCAUCCGGUUAUUUCGGACGUCAGUAUUUCUUUUCCAACCCGUAUCCUGUCAAUACAAGCGUUCACAUCAGCAACUUUUUCCCGUCCUGUGAUAUUGCAGCAUUUAUUUUCUUGUAUUACAGUCGAAUUUUUUAAAGUUUCGCAUACUGUGUGUCCACUUCUGACCAAUCAGAUUUCAUGUUGUUGCAACGUCAGAUUCACCGGUAUAUCCAACAUGGCCGACCGGCUGAUUGUUUACGUGUUGGAGAACAGAGUGAUUUUUGAUAAAAGACACAAAUAUUACAAAGAUAACGACCUGAAGGACAACUUGUGGAGAGUCAUAGUGUUGGAUCUCUUAUAUGACGAUGGUUUUUGUGCUUUAACAGUUUGAUAAACGUCUUUGUUUUAACUUUCAUCUGUGCUAAGUAACUUUAGCUCGUAAGCUAACCUGUUCAGAUUCAACAUGCCAUAUGGAUUUUUACUGUCUCAAACUCAAUCCCGUUGCUGUCACAGCACCAUUAGGUCUCGGUUGUUACCUUACGUUUAUGGAUUAAAGUUUAAUGUUCUUAUCUGGUACUGGCCCAGACUCAGUACAUGCUAUCAUGACAGACAGACAUCUCAACACUAGUGUCUAAUCAGAACUGAAAAACUCUCAGUCUGCUGUCGUGUUUUCUGUUUUUAGUAACUGUGGCAUAUGGUAGCUCUUAUUAUUUUUAAAAGGAGUACCAAUUCCCCAUCACUUAAGUUGAAGUAGACUCCAUUUUUGUCUUCUCGCUUCCACCCCGGACACGUCUUUUUUUUCCCCCCGCAAAGUUGUAAAAUUGUAUCGCGCUUGAUGUGUAUAGUCAGGAAAGUCAACAUUCGCCUCCAAUUAUUUCUUAAUUUCACGUUGUAUAUUUGCGUCAUUCUCUGUGUGUAAGGACCUUAAGAGUUGAGACAAAAAUCUGCGACUGCAAAGCGUCUCAGAGAAGUACUUUUAAUGUCAAACCCACAGUGUCAAUAGACUAAUAGAGGAUUAACGCAGUAGAUUGAUUUUAACACCCUCCACUGAUGCCGGAUCAUUGAACCAGACGGCAGUGACAAUAGCUAAUACCCAGAGUGUUGGUGGAGCUGGAUGGUCUUCAGUAAUUGAUGGUCGGAUGUGUUUUCCCACCGAUAAUGUGUCUUUGCUGUCAGGGGGUUGCUGCUUUCCUUCCUCUCGCUCCGUCAGAGCCCUUACUGUCAAAACAGCACAUGUGUCUCCCCAAUGAAGAUGGAUGACUCUCUGUCGGGUGGAUACUGAGGGAUGCAGAGGAGGGGAGAGGAGAGGAGGAUGGAGGGAGAAUGCAAAAACAGAGGUGAAGGAGGAGAAACAGGGCAGAGAAGGAGAGGGAGAAAGAGAUAGAGAGAGCAAAGGCUAAUGGGAGAGAGGAGGAGAAAGUGAGAGAACAAGAUAGGGAGACACAUGAAGGAGUUAAAUGAUGGAUUAGUGAUGGAGGAGGUUGGGGCACAGAUUGAGGCGUUUCCUAUGUUAGAUUGAACCUUUAAUAUGUUGUGUUUCCUGUGUGGGAGUGUUGGCCUUGGACCAAAACCAAUGAAUGGGAACUUUUAUUUUGAUAGUUUCCCAAUACACAGGGCACCGAAACACGGCAACUGUCAGCAAAUUUUCCCUCUAAAGAUGAUUAAUAACUGUCACAACUCUUUUCUUUAUUCAUUUUAUUUGAUGAGUGUUGAAAACAUGGCAUGUGUUUUUUUUUUUUGGUGGAAGCACAAUUUCUACAAAAGAGAGUUUUGUAACAACGAAGAUCAUCAGUUUACAAUGAAAGUGUUGUAAAAGUCAAUACAAGGUGUAGUUCGACAACAGUUAGAGAGUUAUUUCAAGAAAUGGAUAACAACAUAUAAACAUAAAUCAAAGUGAAUCACAUUUCUAGAGCAGGUAAUCCUGGUGUACCACAGGGAAAGGUACUGGGGCCUAAGUUAUUCAUGUUUCAUUUCAGUGAUUUUUGUAGUUUGCAAAGUUGAAAUUCAUUGUUUUUGCAGAUGAUUCAUGUUCGUUCUGUUCUGGGGAAAAUGGUCAAAACCAGAACUACUUGAGUUGAAAACAUAUUGUGAUAUACAUAAGUGACUUUAUCUACUAAAUGAACAUGAAGUAUCUUGGUUAGUUUUAAAUAAAACACGGUUUUAAUCUAGAUGAAAUUAUAUUAGUUUAUAAAACAGAAUUUCUAUACGGGACUUGGGAUGAUGCAGUCUACCAGUGCAGAUUAUAACGUGAUUGAUAACAAUAGUGAAGCACUUCAAAAUAAAAGCACAGUUUUAUAUUGCAUAUAACGCAACCUAAAAGAAUAUUAAAACAAAUAAGCAAUAAUUAAGAUGUGAAUAUGUGAUAUCGUGACAGCCCUAGGAGUGACCGUAGACCGUUAACUUUGUUGGACGCCACAUGAGAGCCAAACAUUUUUCCACAAUGACGCAGUUUUUUUUACUAUUUCUCUAUUUGUCUGCCUGGAAACAGUUUAAAAUUUGAUUUAAAAUAAUGAAAAUAGCAUAAACAGAUAUACACACAGGCGUUUCAGUACCUAAAAUUUUUUCAAACUUUAAAUUAAACUGAAUUUACAAAGAUAAUAAAUUCACCCUUAAACGCCCACAUCGCCACUUUGACUCAUUACAGGCGUUUCACACAGACUUUACGAGAGUUUGUCCUUAAAACUGCGGCACACUCGUACACACACUCAAGCUGACGUAAAGCUGCUUCCCUCUCCACACCAUCCAUUAGCGUUGACCUUUGACCCGAGCAGUUGUGAUCAUGUGAUUGUGCAACACAGAGGUCACGCUGCCUUGUCAAAACAGCAGAGCUGAUGCGUGACAAUGUGGCAACCUCCCUGCCAAUCUGUUUGAGGAGAUGUUUCUGACUCACUCACUCCUGCCGUGGUUCUCACACAGACCAACAAAGGAAGGAAAGUGUGUGUUUGUGCAGCGCUGUGAGUUUGAUUUCAGGAAACUGAGCGAUUGAUGAAGCAACGACGUGCCGUUUCGAAAAGCCCUUCAGUUUCCAUUAUUCAUCAUUCUCACCUGUGAUUUAUGACUGUCAGCUUGGAUUUCUCUGUGAUGCAUCGGUUAAUAUGGGGCAACAUAUGAUUUAUAAAUGUACCAUUUCUUUAAGAGUCAUCAUGAAGCAUGCAAAGAAUCCAAUCCAAUCCACUUUAUUUAUAUAGAACACUUUAAAAAACAUUCAAGCUUACCAAAGUGCUGCACAAAUAAAUUAGAAGAACAAACACAGCAGAAAAAAUCAAGAUGAAAUAAAUAUAAGCAGGUAAAAAACAUUUAAAAUGAAAUAAAAUAAAUGAAAUAAAAACACAAAAGCAUAAAAAGAAAUAAAAGUGAUAAAGGACAGCGAUCACAACAACUCUCAUGCUGAGCUGAAAUGAGUUUUAAGAUACGAUUUAUAAGUAAAAAGAGUGGGGGAUGUUUUCAUCUCGAGUGGCAAUUCCAUGAUUUGGGAGCCACAGCUGAGAAAGUUCAGUUGCCACGGGUGUGAGGUGUAAACAUUUAAGAGGUCAGAGAUGUACUGUAGUGCUGAUUCAUUCAAAGAUUUAAAAACAAACAAUAAAAUUUAAAAUGAACGGGAAGCCAGUGGAGGGACGCCAGAAUAGGCCAGAAUACAGUAAAAGCAAAUCAGAUAAAUAAGAAGGACCAAGACCAUUAAGAGCUUUAAAAACUAACAAAAGAACCUUAAAAUCUACUCUAAAAGGUAGCCAGUGCAGAGAUGUUAAAAUUGGUGUGACGUGGACUCUCUUCCUGGUCUUCGUCAGCAUGUGUGCAGCUGAAUUUUGUAGGAGCUGAAGCUGUGAGAUGUUCUUUUUAGGAAGACCAGAGAGGAGAGCAUUGCAAUAGUCAAUUCUACAUGUGAUAAAAGCAUGAAUGAGAGUCUCUGCAUUGGCUUGAGAGAGAAACUGGCGCACUCUGGAGAUGUUCUUUAAAUGAUAAAAUCCCUUUUUGGUAACAUCUCGUAUGUGUGGCUCAAAACUGAGGUUUGAAUCAAAUGUAACACGCAGAUUUUUAACUUCUUUGCAUGGACUAAAAGAUAGAGCUCAGAGUUUUUGCUCCAGUUUCUCUCUCUCUGGACCUGUACCAAUAACUAAAACCUGAGUUUUGUCAUAAUAUGGCGUAACUGUUACUGUAUGAACAUGGCGAUGCAUGAUGGCAGCCUCUACAGAGAGGGACAGGCUCCUUAUAGAGAUGGAGAGAUUUGCCUCAUUACACUUGACCCGUGUCUACACAAGUCCACAUGCACCCCCUUGAAAAUGUAACUACUCAUUGAAAAAAUGCAGACCGUGUGAUUGGUCCACUUGGGGGGUGACGUUACAGCCAUGACAGUAUCACCGCCGCCCUCUGCCCUCUGCCUCUGCCUCAGCUGCCAUACAGUCAGUCUCCUCCAUCAUCUUUUCCCCCCUGAUCUUAAUUGUAAAAUCUGAAGUUUGUUGUGUUUUUUAACCUCAGUAGAGUGAGACUCACACACAGUAAAAAACUAAGGAAAUUGAUAUUUAUAUCGCCGGCUUUCAAUGCCUUGCGCACACAGUUGCAGAUCUCCGUUUUUGAUAUGUUGUAGUCGAGGUAGACAUCAUGUCUGCGCCUUGAUCCAGAUACAAACACAGAGUUCCUGUCCUCUUCGUAGAGUGCACUGUAAGUGAUCUGAGAUUGGACCUGAGCGUGUGUUGUUUACCUUGUCAGCCAUGAAGGACAAACAGGAUUUGUUUGUGUACCAGCCGCUGAUUCAGGUAGCGUAUUAGUCGGAGGAGAUUGGAAGCAGGGAAUAUUCCCUGACACUAAUGAAUAUCAGUUUUAUUAGGAUAUGAUUGCGGCCAUCAAAAAGGUUAUUGCUUUCAUAACAUUGUAUAUUAAAAACAAUUUAAUCUCAUCCUUGUAAACAGUAAUUCAAUCUCUUUCGAGUUGCAUCUCAUGUGAUGGAUGGCAAAAGAAUAAAUAUCGUCUAUAGGAGAACUGCCUUAUUUCACAAAGCAGGAACUGUCUCUGAUGAGUGAAUCGGCUGCAGAUAAAAGGAUUUUCACCUCUUUGCGGCUGCAUUUCUGUUCUUACACUAAAAUAAAUACUGAAUAUGACUUAAAGGUGAGAAUAUUGUAUUUUUAGGGGGGACACAAGGGUCAUAAGGCGACAAACACAAGCCAUUUAAGGUCAAACACACCCACAGCAUGGAGUUAGACGGAUUGUAAUGAUCCUUGUGAUUAUUAGAAAAUGGAUGUUGACCUCAGUUGUCCUCAUUUCUGUCACCACCAUUGAUCACAGCGCCUGCCUCCACUGGUGGCAUUAAAAACUCUUGUGAUAAGAGUUUUAUCGCUGCAACUGUGUCCCAAUUUGACCAGAAAGAAGAGGGAAGAAAGAGAUUAAGAGAAAGAGUGAGAGACAUGGGGAGAGAGAGAAGCUUUUAAAAGGAUUUUGUCGGUUAUUGACUGGUUGCACUCUUCAGCUAAUAGCCAUUUAAAGAUUAUGGGCCUGCUGGUGGAAAUCAAGGCCUCCAUUGUUUGCCUUAUUGCAUUCUGGCAGAUGGGGGCUGACACAACAACACGCAGCAUCCCUCCGGGCACACUCGCCGAGCACCGACCCUCCAUCAGCAGAUCUCCUAUUGAACUGGCCCUAAUAACUGGCCAUGAAUUAUUAAUCCACGUACCAUAUUGAAGACAGAGAGGGAAGAGGGAAAAAAACAAGGGAGGAUUGUGGGCCGGCUGCAGCGAGUGUGAUUGGCGUACAGGUGCCAGUCGGAGGAAAAAAGGUCCGUUCAAAAGAGUCCCAGGGCGGCUAUUUCUCGGAACGGGGAGGACAUUCCGAUAACUGGCACGGGAAGAUAAAAUAUAUAUUCAUUAAAUGUCAGAUUGCUGAUGAAAUGGGUCCGAUCCAUUAGUGGGUAGCGGAGCGGCCGGUUAAUGUUUCCCGGUUGUUCUUGGGUUGGGUGGCUUUUAGUGUUGCUCUGCGUUGCUGCUGGAAAAAGGAUCACUCUCCUGCUAUCUGGAAAAAAACUUUGCCAGAGUAAGAGCAGGUGCUGCUCAGAAUAAAAAGGAAACACUUUGGAAAUCUGAGUCAAAUGCACCUGUUGGUGAAACCUGAUAACUUUGUUGUGUUUGUAGUGGGGCGAACCCGGUCUCUGAUUCAGAGUUUAUUGGCCGUCUCUGCUCCGGUCAGGUGAUUUAUUAGCAGGGAUUGAUUGCUGACUUUGGCUAGACUCGGUCUCUUUUCUUAAGCCGGUACUUAAAAAGCUGGGAAACAAAGACGGGUCGCAAAUACCUUUUAGUAAAUAAUGUUGAUUUUUAGCAGAUAAAAAGAGCGCCAGUUAUUUGGGGUGAUCAAUACCUAUAUCCAUCCAAUCACCGCAUCUAUCCAACCAUCCAUUUUUCUGCUCAUCACGCAUCCUGCCUUUCAAAUCAUCAUCUCCAUUUUCAUCUCCCCAUCUAUCCAUCUUUUCUUCAAUCCAACCAUUCUGUCGAUCCAUCCAUCCAUCAUCUCCAUAUUCUUCCUCCGAAUCAUCCACAUUUUAAUCAUCCGUCAAUCCAUCAACUGUUCCAAUUAUUCAUCCAUUAAUCUUUCCAUCUAACCAAUCAAUGAUCAAUCAUCUCUGUAUUUGUUUUUCAAUCUCCUCAUUUUUCCAUCCAUCUUCACAUACAUCCAACUAUCAUUUCAUCCAUCCAUGCUGCAUUCCCAAUACAUCCAUCCAUCCGGCUGGCCAUCGUACAUCUCCAUCUUUUCAUCCGUCAAUCUUUGUACCAAAUAUUCAUUUUAAUUCUAUUCUAUCAUUUUUGUUUUAUCCAUCCAUCAAUUCUUACUUUUAUAUCCCUCGACUCAACUUUAUCAUCCAUUUUUUAUGACCAGUACCUACUCUUCUUUUUUAAUUCUGUGAAUCCUGGUGACCUGGGGUUUGUUGACAAUACAUACAAAGACGAAAUGCAAAGAAAAGGCUCGUCAAAACAUGUCAGGUUCCCCGUGUUAUGUAAAGCGUUUGUGUUGUAUUACAGACCACAGCGAUAAAGACUUUGGUGCAGGCUUAUUUGAUCUUUAUUUUGACUCGCAGCUCUUUAGGUUAGUCAUAAGAGUUCAUAAAAGGACAUGUCGGCUUUAGGGGAGUUUUCAGUGAGAUAUCAAAGAAUUUUAUAUAUCCACGCCAUGUCUUAACAAAAACUCUUUAGCUUGUAAAACUGGUGAACUUUUGGAAUAUUUCAUACUCUCUGUGCGAGUGUGAGUGUAACUGUGUGUGUGUCAGCCGUGAGCUCUCGGUGAAUUAAAAAGCCUUUGGCAGGGCUGUUUUCUCACUUCCCGUUGAUUCAAAAUGAAGUCUACCCAGCGUCUGAUGAAUUGAAUUUCCUGUGUCAAAAGCCUACGAUUUCAAGGAAAAUAAUGAACAACGCCCGAAGAAUCCCCUUUCAGAUUUCAUUAUGAGGGAGAGGUUCUAAUUGCAAUGAAAUUAAAUUUCCAUUGCUUUCUCUCUCUCUCUGCGAGUUACUUCUCGGCUGCUGAUGAUAAUGCGGUGAGGUUUGUUGCAGUUUGACGCUUUGGAUCCUUUUAAAAGCCAAUCAUCUCAUGUUAACCAAAACCACAGCAGGAAUAAUACAAUCAGCUGGAAUCAAACAGAAGAUUAUGUGUCUGUCUUCAGCUGCUGACCGCUCACUCAUUCAGUCAGAUGAUGAUGAAAGCUGCUGCAGGUUCACAAACAUCAAAGAGACUCUCGGAUGAGUCUCCCCUCAUGUUUCUGCCUGAAAGCUGCUGUUUGAAUGAGUGCCCCCAUUUCAUCAGAUGCACAGACAUAAAAAGCAUGAAGGAAAACUGCAAUAAGCACCUGACAGAGAACCAAGAGUGAAAGAAAACAGACUUGGAUCCUUUCCAAUGCAAGUGGCCCGUUGCUUGCACUGACUCGUUUGCUCAUCCAGUUGAGCAAGUUGUGGAAAAUAAACUGUGAACUUUUAUAUAAACUUUAAAAGACGUGUUGCUUCGUUUUUUUUGGCUUUUUCAUUUACUUUUUUUCUGAUGUUGCAAAAGUGUAAAUGUUUUAUCCUGUGAUGACAAGUAUUAGCAAAAACUACAUAUAAUACAUAUAAAACUUUCAAACCAAGUAUCAACCAACCGGUCUUCAGACAGAAAGCAAAUGCACAAUGAGAUAAAAGUUGCAGUUCCACGAGUGUCCACUUGAGGCUGGCUGCAGAAACACUGGAAACCGCAUACACAUGAAGCAAAAAAGGCAGUUUUUUGAGAAAAUUUUGCACGUUUACAGCCUGGUUCAAAACAUAGUCCUUGUCUGAGUAGCUCUAGGUUCCCAUGCCACCCACUGUACAGGGAGUGAAUUGUUGUGUAACGGAUUUAAGUCAAAGUUAUUAAGGAUAAAAGAUCAGUGAAUCAGAAGCUGAAAGGCAGGAACACUGUGAGGAGGCCAAAGUCCUGCUUACAGUGGGUUGACCGUAGACUGUAGGGAGAACAGCACCCUCUGUUGACAGGCUGCAGUAUAGGCCAUAAAUCCCACCUCCGCCAGCAAAGCUCAUGGAAAUGCCAGAAAUUACCAGAAAAUGAACAAUGAAGCUCAAUGUGAUGUGCAGGAAUCGGGUUUCUACAAUUUAAAGCCGAAUCCUGGUGGCUGAGGACCCCUGAUCCAAUACAUAUUUUUGCAAAGAAAGUUUAAUGUUGGAAAGAACAUUGGGAUUUAAAAUGGCACCGAUGACUGCAUUUUCUAAUUAUCAUAAAGGUGUGCAAACUUUUGUAGUCCGUUUGUCUUCUACCUGCCUACAACCUUACAACAAUAUCAUUUGUUUUCAGUUCCCCCUGGAAAGCUUGGCCAUUGUACACCUCCAAAUCAUUCUUCUCAAGCUACCAGUUUCAAUAAAGCUCGAUAAACUUAAUGAAAUGUUUGGUUAGUGUGUGAGCAGCUAUAGGAGGCCUGAGCAACUGUUGAAUAGCUCAUUAAAUAUUCACCACCAGAACAUAUGAAGUGUACUUUGACAUUCAGAUGGGAUUAUAAUGGCAGCGCAAAUAAAUCAUCCGCACACAAAAAGUGAAAGAGCUGAAAUGAGCUUAAUCGUGUGCCAUGACACAAUUAUAUGGGUGAACACCAUGAGUGUGUGUGUGGGAGAGAAGAGAAAGAGAAGGAAAACGCCUGCAGGCAAAGAAUGAAUGGGACGUGGAAAUGAGGAGGAGGGGGCAAACACGGAGCAGGUCAAAAUGAACACCAUCUGGGUACAUGAAAGGAGGCGGGUGAAGGUGGGGGCAAACAAAACAAAAGCACCAGUUCUGCCAGCAUGUAGCCCACGACGCCACAACACCGCCACCGUCAACAUUAAACCCCCCUGAUCAGGUGGAAGAGGAGUAGUAGGGCUCGUCAUCACUCAUGCAGACCCUCCCCCCUCUUCUCUUAUCCCCCCGUGGGCUCAGAUCAUUGCCAAAGGAGCCACAGGCCACUUGCAGGCUGACAGUCAGCUCCUCUAAUGGGCCUGGCUGUUUAUUUUGUACCGCUUGGAAGUGGAUUAGCUGGAGGUAAUUAUGGUUAAUGAUCUGCCCGACUCACCCCGCUGAUCUGUAGUCACCCGUUUGCUUGGCUAGUAGCAGCGCGUAGCCACCGGCACCAUUAAUAUGGGAUAAUGUUACCUAUUAGAGCUACAAAAGGGGUGGGGAAGGGGUCUGUGUGAAGGGUUUCAGAGAGGGAUGACGUGGAUCCAUUUUGAGUGGAAGUGUUGUUCAGUGAGGUUCAAGGAGCUUUUUAAAUUACAGUUUGAUUACAUCCUCGGAUAUACAGGCCUCAGAGCGAACACUCUUAGAGGGGCUCGCUUUGAAAUCAGGAUUUCUUUAGUAGACCGUGGUUUUUGUGACUCUGAGUGGCUGAUGUUGGAGGUUUGUUGAUUGAAACAUGAUUAACCUUUUGCAUGUAACGUCACAAUUGAUGUGUUUUCACUUGGCCCCUGGAUUUUUUGGGGCCGAUGCCGUUACCGAUUAUUAGGGAGGAAAAAAAUCUGAUUACCGAUUAAUCAGCCGAUUUUUUAGAUUUUUUAUUAAGUUUUAAAAAUUUAUAUUUAUAUAUACUGUAGAUAUCUAAAGUAUACUAUACUGUAGAUAUACUGUAGGCUACUGCUCUUCACGCCAGGAAGUCAUUGUUGGGAGUAAACUCUUCACUGACAUUAGCAGCCAUGUUGUUGUUGUUGUUGUUGUUGUUGUUGUUGUUGUUGUUGUUGUUGUUGUUUGUGUCUUACUUUGCCGGAGGUGAACAAGGAGGGAGGAUCAGCAGCGACAGGAAGACCAACUGAUCAAACUUGGGCCAGAAAUGCAUUUUCAGUCCAAAACCAAACUGGGUUUCUUCAUGGGAACACACCAAAUGUCUAAAAUGAAUACUCUUGAAUAGAAAGGCAUGCAUUAAUCUCCAAAUUCAGCCAUGAUUAUAUCUUGUUUUUCAGUGGGUAUCAACUGUGCGCAAAAACAAAAGAAGUGAAUCACGGCAGAAGAACUUUCAGCCAUUCUGAAGUCCGGCGGUUGAUGUGUUAAGCUAACAGUUGCUAAGUUAUCAGUGAGUAUUCACAGCAGUUUACGAGUCUCAUCUCCUUUCUAUUGCAGAAAGUAUGAAAAAUGAACCACAGUCGCUGAUGAAAAAAAGUGAAUGUGUUAAAAAAUAGUGUUUUUAAAAUGACCAAAUUGGAUUUUGUCUCCUAAUCCUGUGUGGCUUAUACGCAGAAAACUUUGCCCAUUUUCACUUUACCUGAAACCUUUGCAGGUUUUUUUCAUAAAUAUUUGAAUUAGGACAAAAACACAGACCCAUAUUCUGCAUUAAUGUAAGUAACUAAUCGGUAACGUUGCACCUCAUUGGGUUUCAUUGUAAUUUUCACAGCUUGGAUUUUAAUGCCGUUGUUUGGGAGUCAUAAAAUGUCACCUUACAAUAAAUGCGGUCCUCCUGAAGAUACUUAGUAUGUUGAAAGUUAAAAUGGCUCAACUCAAGAACUCUUACUGAUCAUAUAUCAAAUAAUUAAACCCAGAGAGGUUGUCAUAGAAGUAAUGUGAUUACCUGCAAUCAAAUCGAGUCAUGGCAGAUCAAAACAGGGUUGACUAUAAUGAUGUAUGGACAGAAAGAGCGCUGCAGACAUUUUUGAACCCUGAUUUUAGAGCGGAUGUUGUUAACUGUAACAUUUAAGGCUAAAAUGAAAUCAGGAAAUGUUGCUCGGUUAUGAUCAAUGUAAUUUAUGGUCAUCCUCAACACUUUUAUCUCAUAUUGCAGCAUUAUGUACUAUGGGAACAUGAAACUCUCCUUUAAAACCAGAGAUGCACACACACACACACACACACACAUAUAUAUAGACCGUCAGUCAAGUAAACCAGCUGAGAGGGACAUAAAAUAAUGACGUCUUUGAGCAGCUCGCUUUUUUCCCCUCGUUCAUCCAUCUUGAAAAUGCACCAGUAAUAGCAACAAAGUGGUUUUUCGGCCCAAAAUGAAGUUUUACUUUAUCAAAUCAGGGGUCAGAGAAACAUAUCUGCGCGUGAAAAGGACAGGACACAUCAGGGUUAAACCGAUUACGUCCUGUUAAACAGGCAUUUCAGAGUCUCCAUCUCAGACACAUUUUCCUGCCUUUUCCAGUAAUUUUUGAAAGCCUUCAAGCUGUAAUAAAAUAUCACUUUUUGUGCAUUUGUGCAUUAAACACUCUUGGUCUCAUUGCUUUUUUUCUGAUGAUAAUCACAUUUCCCCCGAACCCUCCCCUCUGGUCUAUUCCCAUCUCCCCUUUUAAAGCACUUUGCUCCUGUUUCAGUGAAGAUGACACUGUCUUGGGGUGAGGAAGGGGAGGGGGAAGGAGUGGGGGAGGGAGCGGGGAAGCUUCGGCUAAAACGGAGAGCUCUAGCUGGGGCCUUGUUCUGCAGGUUACAUGGCGUCACGUCUCAUUUUGACUGAGCCGGAGAACGGCCUUGCCACCCUCUUAGGGACCCUCGUAAAGUGCUCUGAUGCUUCAUAAUGCAGAUCAUUACCCAGAAUGCUGCUGAGGACCCCAAGUCCCCACUUAGCUGCCUAGCCUCCCCGAGCCCCCGCCAUGUUAUGUAUCCCUGCAGAUCCCCUGCAGACGCUCUGAUUGUCCAUUCCUGCCCGCCGUCGCCUUGCCAGCACCGGGGUUUAUUGACACUAAGUUGCCCCCACAAGGCGAUGUUAAUACGCACGACAAAGACGUUUCUUUCCCUCUGUGUCAUCCUGAAGGUGCUUACAAGCCGCAGGUUAUUGAAACACGCCGCCAUAAAGCUUACAGAGAUAUGACUCAAGAUGUGAUUGCACCAGGUGACCGAUGCAUGUGCGAAAUCAAGUCAUGGAUGAUGAUUUCAUGAGGAGACAAGAGGCUGCAGAAAGGAGACUGAACCAGGAAGACCAAGGCCUUCAAGACGCUUCAUUCGUCUCAGAUAUGAUGUCGCCUUCAGCCUCAUUUAUUCUCUCCAAACCCAGAGAAAUAGAUCUGUACGUUUAAAACUGUGUUUUCGUCACAGGCCACAUACUUUCAUGUGUCCUUUUUGUUGGAGUGGGUGUUAAAUAAUACAUCGAGUUGGACAGAGACUUCAGUUCGUUAGGUUUGUGUAAUCUAUGGUUUGAACUAUUGGCUUCAUUGUCCCCACGACUCUCAGCGGUUGCAGUCCCACCCUGUAACUCCAAAUUUAACAGCCUAAAUGCUACAGGAUGUUUUUUCGAUGGCGUUGAUUCCAUUAUUUCUGGAUCUUGUUCAAAGUGCGGAGAAAUCUUCAUUUGGUCUGGUUGUCCAAAUGUAUCUGGUCUUCGUGAGUUAUCAGAUAAUUUUGAGGAUACAAUUAUCUCGGCCUCCACCACAUGAGUAUUCACACUGUCCUCAAGCAAUCAUUUAUUCAUCCACACAAUUAGAAACAACACAGCCUUUGAUUUAUUAACUCUUUCCCUACCUGGACUCUGUCAAGCGAGCAUAAAGAGAGCUUCAGGUGUUGAAAAAGAGCGAGAGAGAGAGAGAGUGAGAGAGGAGGGGCAGAUUUAAUGAAAGCUCUGGCAUCUGUAUCCGAUUCAUCUUGUCAAUGUUGCUCCGCCAUCCCUGCCCCAAACCAAACCCCCAGCAUGCCUUGCCAGCCACUUUAAUUACUUUUCCUUUUUGCGUGGAAUGGCGACCCGCAGAAUUGACAGACAGGUGCAGCAAUCCUGAUUAAUUAAAAUAAUAAAGAGCGGGAGAAGAGGACGAGGAGGGGGAAUAUCAAUGUGUGGACGACUUCUCUUGAUGGGCAAGCGGUGAGGGGACGUCAGGCUGGGGCGGGAACAUUGAUUCACUUUGUGACAACAGGGUGGCCUUCAGGCCUGACAGGGCUGUAUAAGAGAAAGAGUGGAAGUAGGGGGAGGGGAGGGGGUCCCAUUCAUGUCCUCGGGGCAGAUGUGUGGCUCCCAGUGUGGGGACAUGAAACCCCUUGGCGCCUGAGCAGCUGCAAUGACCCCCUCUGAAAGGACCGGUGCCGUCACAUCUUUCCAACAUGAGAGGAGUUAAUAAAAACCACCUCCAGGGAUUUAUCAGCUUUGAUAGCCAGAUAUCAUUUCAGCUGACAAAGGGCACAUCUUUCCGAAUGAUACGCCCUAAGAGAGCGCAUACUUAUUGUCCUUUAAAUUCCUCUCUACAUAUUGAUACCACCACAAAGCUUUAGUUGACAUGGAUCAGGAAUGACAGACUCCUGAGGAAGUGGACUCUUGGCUUUAAAGUGGAGCAAGUUCAGGAAAGCCUCUUAUUUGCAGUCUGUCUAAUGGGCAACAGGGGGCAGCUCCACUUAACUCAUAAAUGAGGAAAUGAGCCUUUUUGCAGAUGAUGCCCUUCUAUCUUCCUAAGAGUGUAUGGCCUCUUUCACUGGUUCCAAGUCUUCUUUAAUACACCAUCAACAUUAAUUUGUAAAAUGCGGUCUUUUAAGUGAAAAACUCUUACUAAAUAAGAUCUAGAGUGUGACAAGUUCACACUAAAGUGACUAUUGAACUAGCACAGAGGCCUGAAAAUCUCCAUAAAACAACUCAUCAUGAGAAAAAAGCCUCUAUUGAGAAGAAAGACAGAAUUUUAGGUGCAGAGUUGUGUUGUUUUGAGUGUAUCUACGUGCUUUGGUUGUAUCAUAGACGGAAUAAGAUCCAUGAAACUGAAACUGGGGGUUUCAUGGGGGAGUCAGUCAUGUCAGCCAUCUUUAUUCAUAACACUUUAGGUCUUUACACACCGGGAACGACGCAAAUAUAUGACGCGAAAUUACGGAAUAUUCAGAGGCGAAUUUUGACGCAAAUUUUGACUAUACACAUGCAAUGCGAUUUUGCGACUCUUCAGAGGGGAAAAAAGACGCGUGGAAGCGAGAAGACUGACACAACAGCAGACUGACUGUUUUUCAGUUCUGAUUAGACACUAGUGUUGAGUGUUGAGACGCUAUGACUCUCCACAAGUUGUCCUUCAGGUCGUUAUCUUUGUUAUAUUUGUGUUUUUUAUCUAAAAGCACUCUGUUCUCCGACACGUAAACAAUCAGCCGAUCGGCCAUGUUGGAUAUACUGGUGAAUCAGACAUCGCAACAACACGAAAUCUGAUUGGUCAGAAGUGGACACACAGUAUGCGAAGCUUUAGAAAAUUCAACCGUGAUACGGGAAAAAAAACCGUCAAUAUCACAGAACGGGAAAACGUCGCUGAUGUGAACGCUUGUAUUGACAGGAUACAGAUUCGAAAAAAAAUUUUGACGUCUGAAUAAUCGCACGAAAAAAACGCUCCCGGUGUGAAAGGACCUUUAGUCUUGAUAGUUUACUAUCUUGACUUUUUACAGUGUGUGCCAGACAGGGGCAUUGCAAGACUUUUUGACUGGGGUGGCCGGGUAUGCCAGUGCAUACACUCAAAUUAAUAACACUGACCCUCAAUUGACUUUAAAAACUAUAUUUUUUUGUAUUAUAAAGCUGCUCAACACCGAUGUAAAAACUUUGAUUUUUAAAAGAAACAUAACAGAAUCGUGUGGCAGAAUUUUUCAGGUUUAGUUCUCUAGAUGCAUAAAAAAGGAUAUUUUUUCCAAGUCAGAUUUGAGGGCCUCAACAACAACAAAAUAAAUUCUACAUUUAAGUAGAGUAAUCUACUGCCACUCUGUUAACACAUCUAAUAGUUUAUUUUGCUCUAGGUCAGUCAAACAGCCAAUCAAAGCCCUAGAUUCUGGAAUAGCUCUUGCAGUGGCCAAUUAGACUUCAAAGAGUGGGCAGUGCCACCCUUGAUCGAUCCUCUGGACACACCCCUGGUACCAGACUGGAAACAUGUUAAGUUUUGCUGUUUGAAUGCACAUUUUAACAUGGGUGUCAAUGAGAAUUCUUGGCUUUUGGAGUCAUCCUCAAGUGGACACUCAAGGAAUUGCAAAGAAGCUCUUACAUGUCUGCAGUAUUUGGGCUUUUUGUCAAUCUUGGUUAACUGAAAAAUGCAUGUAAGUGUUGCAAACAAGCUAGUUGCUAUUGCUAUCAUCUUUCACCCAGAUCUUAAGGUUUUGUCUUUUGGAAAAGAGUGACCAGUGCAUGGAAAAUGAAACCUCGCCCUGUAUUUGCGUGGUAUACACUUAUACAUUUUAGUGUAGUUGUUUCACAGGCAAACAACUGAAUAAAGAGCUACAUCACAUACCGUAACCGAGUUAGUUUCAACUUGUGCAGUGCGUCAGCGUUUUCAACCAGCAAGGGGACACUGGCAGUAACAUCCACCCAUAUUGUGGGCUGAAAGCUGAGAAGUGUAAGUUUGUGUGUGUGAAAGCUGACCUGCAGAGCCCACAUCCUCAAGCUGACACUUUAGAGCUGCUCUGUCUCAGCUGAGCGUGUCAGAACAACAGAGAUGUGGAAAAGACCGGCAUGUUUACCACCUCUCUGUGAAAUCAAAUACAAGCUGCUCGCAGCCGUGUGAAAGCAACAGAUUGAGUCACUCACAGAUUCAAAGGUGCUCUGAUUCACUGCAGACAAAUAAAAGCCUCUGAAAUGCCUCUUUGUGUUGUUUCCCCGGGUUAAUGUAAAUACUGGUGAAACGAUGUUAACAGUUGUGAUGAAGCGAUAAGAUUUCAUGUUACCAAAAUACACUAUAGGCUAAAAUCAUUGGUGAAAUUUCCUCUGUAAUUUUACUUAAUAUCAUCUUAAAUGGAGGUUUCCUCUCACUGAUCAGCAUAAGUUAAGGAUUUAAAGUCAUGUUUUUAGUCUUGCUUUUAACUAAAUUUUAUAUCAUUAACUUAAGUGUUUUAGCAUUUAUCUAUUCUAGUUUUAAUCACAGGAUCGUCUCUUAUAGAGCUAUUUUGGUGCUCUUAUUUUAGUAUCUUUUACUGUUGUUUUUAUUUCAUCUUAUUUAUUAUUUCUUAAAUUUCAUUCUUUGUUUCUUUGUUUUUAGAUUUAAAUCUAAACCUCCAGUGUUUCCUUAUCUUGAGUUUUAAAAUGAUGUUUCCUCAGUGCGCACACUCCUGUUUCCACGAAAUCAAGCCCUUUUUGAGUUUAUGCAUUUUAAUACUGUUUCUGUUGCAAUUAGAUCGUGGGGUGGGAAUAAGGGGUGUGGCUGGGGUAGAUUUGGGAAUUCCUUUUAACUUUGGGUUGGGGUAGAUUUGGAUAUUCUUUGUUUCCUUUAUUUCUUUUUCAGUGUAAAGCACUUUGUGCUACAUGUUGUGUAUGAAAAGUGCUAUAUAAAUAAAGACUGAUUGAUUGAUUUAGAGACUCAUACAAAAAUGCCUCUUUUUCGGCUCUAAGUUUUUUAUUUCUCCUUCAUGAAACUGUUUUGAAGUGCAACAUUUGUGGUUGUUACUUUGCUUCAGCGUUUUAGAUUCAUGCUAAUUUGACUUUGAUCACAAGGUAAUUCACACUUGCCACUUUCACAAUUAACAGUUUAGUUAUUCAAAACUGUUCCUCUUUGUAUCAUCAAAUAACUUCUGUAAUAUAUGAUAUAUUGAAGUAUUAUACAACAAUUAUCAUGUUGACUUAUUCCAUCAAUUAUUUAUUUUUUAUUUUUUGUAUUUAAAGUCAUUCAUUGCAAUAUAUUUUUCUAUUAAAGCUCCUGUAAGGAACUUUUCAUUUGUGUCAGUUUUGGCGCCCCAAAAUCCAAUCCUUCUGAUUUUUGACGGUCAAAUCUUUUGUUUUUUUGUGAAUAUCUAUUAUGGAAAAUGUAAAAGGGGCUCCACACCACUUGCUCCUAUUUGAGACAUUUAAAAUCAGGAUAAAAAAAUCAUUAAUCUUGUCGCUGAUGGUUUUAUUUGCUUUCGUAUUUCAUUAAAUGUAAUCAGGAUGAAUUUCAGUCUAUUUUACAAAUGUCAAAAAAAUCCCUCACAGGAGCUUUAAGUGAGUGUUUUUCAAUUCAUAAGAGAAUGGGUUUACCUUGGUGAAGUGCAGUUUUUAGAGACAGCCGAAAUUCACUUCUUUUAGUUGUGUCCUGACCAAGACAGGCAGCAACACUGUCAACAUGAGCAGCUCUACAUAAGAAACAUACAGACGCAAUUAACUAAACUGGAAAAUGAAGGAUAAGUUUAUUUCUGUUGAUGAUUUUAAAAACUUGGACUUUUUUUUACCUUUAGAUAACUAUUACCUAUAAAGUCAAAUCUUUACAGACAUUCUUUUAAAAUUCAACUGUAAUGGUCUAUAGCUCAUUAAAAUAAGAACAACAGCUUCUCAAAUAAACAGAAUAUUAUUAUUUUUUUUAAGUGUAGAAAAGCACAGCAUCUAAGAAGUAUUAUUAUUUAUACACCUAACACUUUGUUUUGGCUCCUUUUCUAAGAAUCCAAUGCAGGUGUAGUUGGUUAAAAGUGUGAAAGAUUUUACAAUAUCCUGAUACUUUGAGAUGCAGCUGUAAUAUUUAUUUAAAUAUUUACCAAAAUAAAACACAGUAAAAAAAAUCCUGAAAAAACGUAGUCUCACAUAUGAAUCAGUGCAUUUGGCUGACACUUAAAAUCUUAUCAAAUGUAGAAAAAAAAAACAGAUGAUUAGCCGUUAAUGCUACUAUUCUUGCUGUGGUUUUUCUGUUUGUCACACUGCACAGAUUUGUUUGUAAUUGAGGGUCUAAUCUGGCAAAUACAGAUGUUGAAACUCUUGAUAGCAUUUCCAGGCUGUGUAAGACCCUCAAACUCUGAAUAAUGCUCUUCUCUGAUACUGAUAUUUCUCUUGGAUAGACUCUAAAUACCUCCACCACCACUGGCCUUUUGGGUAUCUGUGUCAACCAGGCAGUAUUUUUUGUGACAGAUCCGUGACACUCAAACUGAGUGUGUCUUUACGGUGAGAACAUCACCAUGCCUGGGCAACUGAGAGCGUCAUACGCCACCUAAUGGGCAAACGAUGCUUAGCAUGGUCAGCGACAGUCACUCAUAGUCAGUGAGCUGAGAGCGGCUGAACAGGAUCAUGAUGACUGAUGGUAACCACGCACUCCGCUUCAAGAUAAAUGGAUUUUUCCACUUCGACUAUGAGACUUUUUUUCUGCUGCUGAAGAAGCCUUUUCUUCUUCUCUCAUUCAAGACAUUUUUGUUUGUCUGCAGCUCCUUCAGCCGAGGUUUAUUGCACCAUAAGAUAUGCAUUUGCAAAUGUCAGAAGUUUGAGGGUAUCAUGCACCGAAGCUCGUCUUAUUAGACAUGUAAAAAGGAUAAAAGCAUGAAUUGAUGAUGCGUUUUCAUUCUGCAGGAGCUACAAGCUAGUUGGAAAGAAUAUCUAAAUGAAAUACAUGUCACUAAAUCAGAUUUAAUAACCCAGUUCAACAUUUUUAUUCUUUAUAGCACUGCACCAUUACAGAGAAGAAAUUGAUUUUCUCUCUUCUUAUUAAUGCAACAAAGUCAAAAGCUCUCAAAUCAGCUGGCUAUUUGAUAUAUUCAUAAUCAACUGCACUGAUGUACUGUAUGAUGGUCCUGAACAGCGAUGGAUCUGGCAGGAAAUGAAACAAAUUCGAUUGGCUUUCUCCUUCGUGCCUGAAGAUCGGCUGCUUUGUUUCCUUUUGAUUGGUCAAUUAAAAGUGCGCUUCCACUCUCCGAGCCCUGGACCCAUUACAGAAAGUAAUUUCAAGAGCCAAGCUGUUUGCCCUGCGCUGUCUGCAGCGAAGAAUUCCCUCUACACUUUGGCCAAGUCAGGCCGAGGGAGAGAGGGAGAAAGAGAGAGAGAGAGGGGGUAAUAUUAGCUCCCGUUUUAUUGAGAGAUCCAUUAAUCGCAGCCUUCUGCCGCUGACCUUUUGACCUCUGCUGACCUCUGGACAUCAUGUUACCAGCCGGGAAAACCGGACUCAUAGCUACCCUAAAACAAAAUCACCAGCUCUCAGAUUUUUCCACUUUGUGAGACUUGUCUUCAAGUUCUUAAGGCUGUGGAGGUCACCGAGAAUAAAAACUGUUUGUCAAUUAUUUCUCGGGUCAAAUUAACUUAAACUUCCAUCGCAUCUUCAUCAAAACGUGUGGCCUAAAGUGCUUCAAAUAGUAAUGAUCAAAACAGCACAAACAGAAAAUAUGUAUAAACUGAAACAGCUAAAGACUCAUUUAUGCAAGUUAAAAUAAUUCUAGUCUAGCCUAGUUAAAACACAAUCUCAAAUCAAAAGCUGGUUUUAGGUCGAGUCUGUAAUUUGUUUACUUCAUACAAUCUUUUUGGUUGUAUUAUUUUGUACAUAUGGAAGAUAACCCACAAAAGCUAUAUGCUGAUCUUUGAGUUUCCCAAGAUCAUUUAAAAACUGUCCCAUAAUAAAAGUGCAAUUAAACACACACAAAAAAAGAUCAUUUAAAAUCUGCACUUGCAUACAAACACCCCAAAUUAUGACUUUUAAAACAUUAUAAUCUGGAAAAACUUCUCAUAAAUAAUAAUAACAACAAAAUCAUAGUUUUAUUAUUUGUUAUAUGUAAAAUGUCAUGUCUGGGACUAUAACAAUAUGUUCAGAUAUUUUUCCAAUCAGACUUCUUUGAAUGCCACACAAGUUAAAUGUCUGAGUAUUCUUUUGUUCCUAUGACAGAAAGCAAUGGUGUGCCCAAAUCGUCAACAUAUAUCAAGAUAUAGCAUGGAGACAUAUCUGGAUAUCUUAUUCGACACAACAUUUGGCCAAUCCAGAGUCACUGUAUGUUCUCAGCUCUUGUCCUGAUAUAAAUCAUAUUAAUAAAUCUAUACAUGUGCUCCAGAUAAGAUCAAGAUCCCUGCAGGAAUUGAAAAAAAAAAUCUCUGGAAGAGUAAUUUUCAAGAGUAAGUUUUAAAAAACGUGGUGCCUAUCACUAUUAAUUAACGUACCGAAGAUGUCAGCGUUCUCAAAAAUGAUGAACUGUUUCCAAGGAGCUGCUUAAGCGCAUGUUAUUAAGGCAGAGAGCACAUGCAUUAGCCAUCCAGCCAGGAGGGGCGGGGUUAUGAACAGUAAUAUCCCCCCAUUAGGUAUCCUACCUAUCUAAUGCUGCCAUUAAGUAUGUUGUGUCUUUAGCAGGAGCGAGGAGUUUCAUUGUGCUAAUGCUGACAUGAUUGCCGGGAAUCUAUGCUAAUAAUACAUUUUGACAAUGUGGACUCCUUGCAGAAGAAUAGAUGAGCUAUUUCAUUUCCAGUUUCUUGACAAGCUGUUUUCAAGGAUGAUUGCUGAAUGCAUUUAUUGUAGCUUCAUGACGGGUCAUUUAGGAAGUAUCAUCCCUGCAGUGCUUCGCAAAAUCUCUUUAUCAGCUGUCAAGCGCCCCACAGCAGAAGACUAGUGUAACUUUAUAUAGGCCUUUGUCUGAUGGCUACAUAAACUGCACUCUACCUGUUUUUCGACAGCUGAGGCUUGGGCCCAGGACGGGCGUUGAAAGCAAAUACCUGAUUGUAUUAGUGUCUCCCCUUUAAGCUGUUGUCACCUAGCUGACCGAUUAUGGGCAAUUACCUGCUCUGUCGGAAUCCUAGCCGAAUAGAUUGAAUUCAGAUUGAUUUUUGCCCAGGAAAGAGGAGGGAAUUUAAAGCCUUUUUUAAUUGGGUAUUUGGUGUGUGCUGAUCUGAACACCGUGGCCUUCCCGAGGGAUCCUUUAUGGGCCAAUAAUGGCAUUGGAGUGGGGGGGUUGCUGCAGUCUCGUCUGCUGACUCCCUCCCAAGGCCAUAACCCUGCAUUUGCUCUGAGUGCUUUUCUAUUAUGCAUUGAUAGUUGAGCAUCAAUCAAUAAGAGGGGAAACAGAAAACCCAACGAAACCAACUUCUUAAGUGUAAAAUGCCUCUUAAUACCCGGGGCCUUUCAAACAACUUAACCUGGACGCUUUUUACCCUCGCCCUUCCUCCCUCUGCUCUUUGAGGGACACUUACCGGCGCCUGGCGACACAAUGUUUUAUUUAGGAGGGCUGGAAAUGUGCAGCUCUCAGGUGAAAAUGUACCGCAACCCUCUGGUUAUACUUGGGCAAUACAUCACUGUUUGUGUGUUUCUGCGCAUGUGUGUGUGUGUGUGUGUGUUUGCAGGCACAGGCAUAUGGCAGCAAAAUAGAUCUGUGCUUUCAUUUUAUUUACAGGUUUUGUUUUUAUCCUGCUCUGGAAAACAGUCUGAGGCAAAUCCUCUGAAACAAAUCAGCAAAGUAAGAACAGGCGGUGGUCUUUCAUUGACUUAGUGAAUCAAAAAUAAGUAUCCACACAAGGUUGAUAAGGUCAGCAGAAACCCAGUUGAUUGGAUUAUAAAUCUAGCAUGUCUUGAAAUCAAAUCCCAGACAUGAUUUAAAGAUGAUAUGGAAGCAUGGCCUCUUUACGUGAACUUUGCUGUUGCUUUGAUGAGACAGAAAAAGCAAAGACAAAAAGAGUCGCCUUACAUAUAAGCACUGCGACAAUUCAUAAAACGGGACGAUUCCAGGAAAGAAAGGGGGGAGAGACUGAGUCCAACCCACAGAUAAGAGUGGCGUUGGAGAUCGGUCUCCCACAGUGGAAAAGAUAAGAGGAAGACAGUCACAGCAAAGGCCAGCCACAUAAUACACAAGCCCACCUCCAGCCGUCCAAAUCUCCCAUCAGCACCAGUCCCCACCGGCCCUCCUGUCAUCACUAAUGCACCUUUUCCUAUAGGACGAAGCCCCAGAUGCAGUAAGGUUAUCUGUGGCUUUGCAGGUUUUCUCGGAAUUGGGAAGUUCACCUUUCCUUUAGUCCAGAUGACAGGAGAUGAUACAGUCGGAAAGAUCGAUCGUUGGUCGCAUUUCGCGUCUCUGUCGACAUUUUCGAUCUUCAUCAACUACUGAUCGCAGUUUUGUUUAACACCAGGUUUGGACCAAGAGUGUAGAUGGUGAUUUCAGACACUUAGUCCGUAAGAGAUGAAUAUGGGUAAAACUAAUCACCCAGGAAGCCUUUUAUAUUUCUCGUCACUCGUUACAGUGACUUUCUCGUGCUCUCAGAUAAGUUCUCAUGACAUUAGUAUGCUGCUUUAAGCCUAUAAGUGGAAAACACACAAGCACCACAGCAUGCAAUUUAUUCCUCAUAUUGAAUUUAUGUAUUUCCCCUGACAUAAACACUAAUCUUUGACCAUUUUUUACGCACGCCAAAAUUUCCACGUCCCAUUUGUUGCUUAUUGUAACACCAAAUUCAUCACCAAAGUUCUCUGGAUUUUCAAGUCUUAAGUGGAUUUGGCAUAAAUCUCAACUGGAUACUGAUUUUACAGAUUAUUUUACCAUUGAGUGAAUGUCAGAUACGUCCCAAAAAUUUGCAGCCCUUGGUGACACCAUUGCCUCAAGAUUAGUCUGUGAGUGAUUAAUUACACUAUGAGGAAAUACCACAUGCUAAUGGCCAAACCAUUUUGUAAUCACUGUUCAAUAUAUUAAAAGACGCCAUUGUAUCCCCUGAAAAUGUCAUCAUCGCCACUAAGACAAAAAUAUUAAGCUGGUUGGGGGGUGGAGGAUGCCCCCGAACUACUUCGGUUACACAAACUUUGUUUUCGGCCUCUAUGCAUCAGAGCCCUUUCCCUCCGUCUGCCAUCUGCUGCUGAAGAAUCUGUUUCACUCGAUGAGCCAAGCCCAGCCUUUAUUGGUCCUAAUGGCACUAUCAGCUGAGCCGCCAAACCCAAUUACCUUUUAAAAAGGGAGGCCACCCCAGCUAAUCAUGGCUGCCUAACCUGAUUUGCCUGUGAUGAAGAGACGGGAUAAAGAGCAGUUAAUGGAGGGAGAAUGAUCUCACAAAUACAAAAAACUCAAUUCAUUUCUCCGGGAGAGCAAUCUGUCCGAUUCAGCUGUAAUGGAGUGGAGAUUCAUUAGUCCUUGGGUCUUAGUAGUAGCACCGUCCCCUUAUCAACUGGAUGACAAAAUAACAUUUAUGUUAUUUAUAUUUUACACAUCAUAUUGGAAAGGUACAAAGAAAGACUGGAAAGUCUGGAAGGGGCGCAGAAAACAGGUGGUGCUUUGCAUGUUUCAAUCCCGAAUCAAAUUAGGCUACCUUCUACUGAAAAAGGAAAUUUCACCAGUUUUACAUAGCUGCUGUUUCAGCUUCAAGCUUCAGUGUUUGUUUAACUCCUUUAUUUAUACACAACAGAGAGAUAAUCACUUGCAACAACCCAACAGGACAUAAAGAAGGACAAAAUAUUACGAAAAGCAGGUUAGUUUGGCGUUCAGCUACGGUUAUUGUUUGUUUGAGGUUUCUUUUCCAAUCAUUUCGUGCCAAUGAAGAGGUCUUUCAUUACCCUUGAUCCAACAGCAACUUACUGUUCAUCUUAACUGAAGUUCAAUUAUAUUCCCCAGUCAUCCUCCUGAUUUUCCCAGUUCAGUCGAUCGCGAAUCAAUGUGUAACCUACAACAAGAGUUUUAAUAUAGAUGCCCUGUGUAUGUGCAAAUAACAAGCACAAACAAAGCAGUAGGAUAAAAACCCUUAGCCUCUCAUCCAAGCAUGAUGGGACGGCAAAUUUCAGCCUUGAUGCACAGAUGUUCAUGAAAAUGCCAAACAAGUUGAGGUUAUUGUGAUAUGUACUAGUUUUAAGUAUUGCUACAGUUGAAACUUACUGGGUGCCCUCAGCGGUUUUGACGAAGGAUCUGCCCUCUGGACAUUCCUCUCUCAUGGACAAAGGAUCAAGUACUUAACAUCUGUUUGCUGAGAGUGACCCAGAUCUCAAAGGUCCCGCCAUUCAGUACCAAGGCCUCAAAUGGAGCUGCUUGUCAGUUAAAAACAUCCAACAUCCGUUACGUGCUCUCAGCAGGCUCGGGUCUCGUUCACACGCGUGUUCCCUUGAUGAUGUAAGUGACACGCAUGAAUGACCGAUUCAUGCCAAGAAUGUCAAGCAGAGCUUGGGGCAACAGAGAGAGCGAUGACUCUGGUGAAUCCAUACACCCCUGCAGCUUCAGCACGGCCUGGCUUAGAUAUGAUCCAGAGGAUGUUGGUUGGAUGGGGCAUAGGGCCAUAGCCAGGGUUUGCAGACGGACAUUAGGCCAAAGCCAGAGUUAAAAUCCUAUUAGUUUGAGUUGGGAAUCGGAUUAUCGUCGUCGAGAAUCACUCGUCUGGCAACUAGGGUCUAAUUUACGCCAAUCAACGGCAAUUAUUGAGGGGAAGGGAGCCCCUAUUAGAGAGCCUCAUCCACUUAGUCUAAUGAAUGGGGAAGAUUCAAUCUUGGCUGUGGAGUCGCAUUGGAGAGCUGCAGCUGAAUGUGACUGCACCAGCAGGCUAAAGACGAGCUGCUGUUAUUUAUCAAUGGUGGGCUGCUGUCAGAGCUAACAUGCGUUAGCCAUAGGGGGCUAAGGUCUGGUUUCCAAUGGUUUGGGGCACUAUGUCCAGUCAAGAGGAUACUGUAGCUCUCUAUUAAACUUAUAGGCGGGACCAUGCCUCUGUGUACAUCAUGUGCCAAGCCCAAAGAGGAUAUUUUUAAUUUUCAUCAUAAAUCAUCAACUCCGGGGGCAACAGUGUUACCUCAGAACAUAAUUUACUGUUUAUACUGAGCUCAGUGGGCAUAAAUAACCUGAAAGGCAUUAAACAAAAAGUUAUUCCAUUUAAAUUUAGUUUCUAGCUCAGAUUAUGACCUGAAUGCCAUAAAUGUAACUUUUAACUUUUAAUUAAUUUUACCCUUUUCAGUUUGAACAAUAAUGUUUUUGGAAAAAGAAGGAGGUGUAAUUGUCAGCAAAACUGACAGUCUGCAAGUCAAACCCAACCACCUAAUAUAGCUAGCUAUGGAUAGCUAAAUACUUAUAUUAUUUUGUUGCCUUUACAAUUCACAAAUAUGUCUCACUGAAAACUUCAUAAUACUGAAUGGGGCUUUCAGAGAGGGCUUAACCUCCAGUUUGCAUCCUCUACUUUUUCUUUAUCUCCUUUCCUGCACUGCCCUCUGCUGUGACAAAAGGGUAGCACUUACACUUAUUUCUGUUAAACUAUAACCUAUAUACAGCACAGACGUAGGCAUGGUACAGAUGUUUCAUGAAUAUAAAUACAUUGAAAUAUGAUUCUGUGGUCUUAAUUUUUUUAAGUGGUAUUAGGUCUCUACUCAUAGAGAACUUAUUACUAGACUUUUGGUGAGAUAGUAUUUUGGUCAUGACAUAAAUUUGAAUGAAAACCAUACAUAUGUUUGAAGACUAGUCCCCUGACUUCCUGAUAUUUGCCACUCAGGUGCACCCGUAUAAUUCACCUCUCUGGUGCGUUUGUAUCAUUGACCUCUCUUGUGAAUCUGUAUCUCCUGAAUGCAGAUUCAGGACUUCCGUGUUUAAAUAGGUGUUCAGGUCCUGAAAAUCUCACUCUUUGGGGGAAAUUCCCCUGCCCGUUACGGGUGUCGCAGAGUUCACCAUUUCCCAAUAGGUGAGAGGGUGCAGACAUGCUCAAAGCUAUUAUUAACAGCAAAUAUUUCCAGAGUUGAGGGUUUCAUUUCCUAUCAGCACUUUUCCGUGCCUAUCGAACAACCUUGCAACCUCGAGAAACGUUUUCCAACCGUCCCUCCAAUGCGACAGUUUUUUCAUGUUUCAUGUGUUUGCACUUGUCAGUGAAAAGGUAAAAUUUUGUUUUUAACUCACCCUGAUCAUUUCAUUGUGUUUUUAUCAUUACCCUGGCUGUUUUAACACUAUCAUCGGAGGUACUAAAUAUAACUAUCAGAUGGAUUUUGCUUACAGUGGUGACAGCAAUCCGGAUUUAAAAUCUGUUUCUGCAGAUAAUAAAAUCACCUGUUCUUCUUUAUAGGGAGGCCAUGUUACUGUUAAAACUGUGUUAUUGUUCAGGUUAAGCAGUUGCCUUAAAUUACUCAUCUUUUUCCAUUGUCUUAACUGCUCAUGGGAUUAUUGACAGGAAGAUGGAGCAUGCAAAGUCAUUUCAGACUGUGUCCUUUCCCUUUUCAAGUGUGACAAAUUAGAGGACUCAAUUUAAACUCCCAUAAAGUCUGCGGGGGUGUAAGAUCAUAUCCGUUCCUGUGGUGAUUUUCACUGCUUGUUGGUCAUGAUCUGCUUGUUCCAUUUCACUUGUUACACUCUCGUUAUUGAUAAGCACUGCUGCCCCCAAUGACAGUAAGAUGGGGGGGAUUUAAAAACACAGAGGCCAGUAACCUUUUAUGGCAACCCUCACGCAUGCUAAAAGUUUCGAUUCUGACUGUGUCCUGCAUGUAAGCAGAGUCAAACCCCAAACCACAGCCAGUCAUCACCUCCCACCAUACGUGCAAUAUUGUGACUGUAGAGCAUCACAUUUUGGUUGGAAAAUACGAAAUCUGAAUGUCCAGCUUCGUGGGUGAUUGUAGGUGACUUGUCACAAGCUUUUUCCGUAUUUCUAUUUCUAUGUUAAGCUUCACAGUCAAACGGUACAUUUAUUAGUACUUCAGGUUACAGUUGUGACCACUAGACUUACAAGACUUACAAGAAAAAAAAACUGCCCUCUGCUCCCAUUUGCUCCCACCAUCUUGUGACUCUUAAAACAUACAAAAAAAAAAACAAGAUGUGAAACAUAGAUGUCAAAAACCGCGCUGUAAAGGGGCUGAAGCUUUUAAAAAUAGUUUCUCUUAUCAACCAAAUCAGAUAUGUCAUUUGAUAUGUACAUUUUGAAUCAUUUAAACCUUAACUUAAAAAUAGUGUAAAGAAAACACAUUCACUUGCAUUUCUGGAUCAUGCUUGUGUGUGGUUUCCUCUGUGCAUGGAGUAGCUUUAACUUGCAUUUGUGGAUGCAGCACAAACAGUGGUCUUUGGGAGUGGUUUUUAGCCCAUGCAGGGAUUUACACAACAGAGUCAUGUCAGUUUUAAAUGCAGUGCCACUUGAGGGUCUGAAUAUCACAGCCAUCUAGUAUUAGAUUUUUCAUGUAUUCCUUUUGCACAGAGAUUGCUCCACAUUUUUGAAUAAUUCAUUGAGAUAAUGUACCGUAAACUCUUUGCAGUUUUAUGCUAAUUGUGAAGUUGGAUGCAAAAAAGAAGUAAUUUUUCAGAUUCAGCAUUUGAUAUUCAGUCUUUGCAACUUCUUUAAAUUUGUCUUUCAACAGUGUGUUUUCAAAGGUGCUCGAAGAAAAAAACUUGGUGUGUGUUUUCAGAUUAUAAAGACAAAACUUGGUGAUAACAUAGUCACUUCUUGUGUCUUGGUGGAAUACUAAACCCUGUGGGAGAGGCCGAGGGAUUUCACCUUGAAAUGCCACGAAAUGACAACACAAUGCUAUAACACUGCAGAUGCACUAAUUUCCCAUGAUGUGUCCUCUCUGGUACAAGAGAGUAAGUGUUUAAGAUAGGUAAAGAAAAAAUUACUUCACUUCCUGCAUGUAUGCACAGCCACUCAGUUUGAACUUGUAAAUUAAGUUAAGAGAAGAGUAUUUUUAGUUUAGCACGGCAUGGCGUCUAUUUUGGUGGUGGUAAACUUAUAAGGCCACAUGUUCUCUGACCUAUUUUCUUUUUGAUUGUCUGUUUUCCAUAAACAACAAAAAGGAAAUUGUAGAAAAGAACUGAAAAGCAUCAGUGUGAGGUGUAACAAGACAAAGUUUUAGGUGAUCUGAGUAAAGGGAAAUUCCUGAUCUACAAAACUAGUCACUUUCAGAACCCCGACAGGGACUUAAAAAGAUAGAAAAAAAUGAAAACAAAAAAACAAAAGACUGCUUGAGGAUCUGUGUGUGAGAGGAUGCAGACUAAAGUGGGAGUCUUUUUCGUCACCAAAUGUGGGUCUAAGAGUAGGAGGAAGCAGAUGCGGUGCACAACUUAAGCAAAGAGUGUUACAUCCUCUAUUAAAACAGCUUUACGUGGACUGUGUAUUAAAAUCUGAGUGUUGUCAUUAAUUUAAGGACAUGGCGGCCUUCAGUGAGGUGAACCACUACCUUUAUAGUAUAAAAAGACUUUUUCUUCUUAACCAGAAAUGAAAGGAUUAUGAUACUCUGCUCACAUUAUAUAUGUUUAGAGGCAAUUCAAUGUGCUUUACAAAAAAACAAAACAUUUAAAAAACAAAAAACAACAACAACAACAACAACAAAACACAGUUAAAGGCUUUUUCUUCUUAACCAGAAAUGAAAGGAUUAUGAUACUCUGCUCACAUUAUAUAUAAAAUGAUCUUUUUUGGUCUGAACACAAUUCUAAUAAAACUUAUGACAGACUAAAUUCAAACCGAGGCAAUUCAAUGUGCUUUACAAAAAAACAAAACAUUUAAAAAACAAAAAACAACAACAACAACAACAACAAAACACAGUUAAAGGCUUUUUCUUCUUAACCAGAAAUGAAAGGAUUAUGAUACUCUGCUCACAUUAUAUAUGUUCCAUUUCUUUGGGAAAAUGCUGCUAAAUUAUACAACAUGUACCUUUAACGGCAUGACUCAAGGAAAUCCUGUGGGGGCCUGAAGGUAGCCUAUCUGUUUCACAAAUAUUAAAGAAAAUACUUUUAUCAAAGCCAUUACAUAUAAUGCACAUGAGAAAUUUCACGACCAACUACUUUAAUCUAAGCCAAACAUCAUCCUUAGUGCAGAUAAAUGAAAAAUGAGAUCCAUGGAAAUAAUUCAUCCCUAAAUUACAAUAACCCAUCUGCACCAUAGGCUGUAUACCGUGAUAUGGUAUUUAUGGUAUAGGGGAGGGUGGGGUAAGAUGAGCCAUUUUUUCAUAUUUCGGAUCACUACAUCAAGUCAAUCAUGGUUUUGUCUCUAACUAGUGUAUCUGCAUAUAUUUCAAGAUGUUGUGCAUCCCUGCAAACCGACAGAAUGAGUGUAAACAUAACUGUCUUCAUAAUAUAGCAUGCCAAAAACAAAGUGGUCUCCUUUGGUCAACUUAACCCUGUGUAUGGAGUAAGUUGACCAUAAAAGCGGGGUAAGUUGAGCCGUAUCCCUACUACCCUCCCCACUCUCCACCCCAGCCCUCCCUCACCUUCUCUUUCCCUAAAUAACAAUCACUUCUUCACAUUCAUGUGUAUUUUUAUCUAUUACAGGCUAUUCGAUUGGUACAUUAAUUGUUUUUUAUUAUUAUUGCAUAUAACUGCUAAAAAGCUGUUUUGUAAAAAAAACAUUUUAACAUGAGAAUGCCUUUAAGUGAUUCAGAACAUUCACAGCUGUAUUUUUGAAAAGAAAAAGUAACACAUUUCAACAAUCUGAACUGAAACUCUGAUCCUCUCAGCAGACUACUUUACUUUCUCAGUUGAGUCACUGGCUCAUCUUACCCCAGGCCAAAUGGGUCAACUUACCCCAGAACUACUAUGAUAACUUUAUUACUCCUCAAAGCUAAAAUGGUGGACUUCAUGUUAGUUUUUUUUUUUUUACCUCAUGUUGUAGCUCAUAGAUACCACAACUGAUGUAUAAAACAAAUUUAAAAUGAUCUUUUUUGGUCUGAACACAAUUCUAAUAAAACUUAUGACAGACUAAAUUCAAACCGAGGCAAUUCAAUGUGCUUUACAAAAAAACAAAACAUUUGAAAAACAAAAAACAACAACAACAACAACAAAACACAGUUAAAGGCAGAAGCAAUAGAAAAAGUUGAAAAAUAAUUAAAAAGAGCUCAGCCAUACGCACAUGAAAAGAGAAAUGUUUUUAAACCUGGAUUUAAAAGAGCUUACAGAUGGGGCUGAUUCCAGUUCUACUGGUAGUUUGUUCCAGUUGAGUGAAAAAUGUUUUUUUGGAAAUAAAUGUCUAACCCCUUCAUCCAUGUGCUUCUAACCUUCACAGACUCCAUGAAUUGAUGCCUAUCUCCUAAAUACUUGGUCACAUGAUCAAUUUCUUUUACCAUUUCCAAGCAACAGGGGGUGGCUCAAGUUACCCUUUGGUUCAGCUGUCAAGGUAGAGAACAUUAUGUUGCUAUUAUUUUCGGCUUAUCUGAAUAGCCUCAUGAAAUUAUUAGAGGCACGCGCUUUUGAAUCCAUCCAACGGUAAGGAAAACUUGAAUUAUUUCGCCUUGAUAUGUACUUUCAACCGUUAGGGGGUGCAUUCUACGGCAGGGGUGCAUUCUACGGCACAACACCUGUUAGUCACGUUUGCUAACGGUCUUUGAACGCUGUCAAUCAGUGGACAACUUCCAACGCACUUCCGUGAGACACGCCCACGAUCCCUGAGCUUCUCUUGAACGGUGAGACACAGUUCGGAACCUGUUGGAAACUCAACAUGUUUUUACUGUUACCUUACUAACACGAACCUUCCGGUGAGUUGGUUUUUAAAUUACAUUUUCGCCUGAGAGUAACCGGGGCCGUGAAUUUGGCAGCGUUAAGUGUUUGGUGAGUGUAAAUAUUUAAUUCAAAAGCUAGCUAAAACUGUACUGUAUAACGCCCAUGGGCUAAUUCAGUUAAGAAGUUCGGACAUACUUUUAUACAAUGUAUUUUUUUCCAAUGAAUUUAAUAUCCUGAUACGAGGGAAUUAGAAAAUGAGAAGUCCUGUGCUGUUGUGUAACGCAGUUUAUGUAAAUUGAAAGAGAAGAAACGGACAUAAACUUUGGUUGAACACGGCCAGUUUGCUUCAAGUUGUGUCGGAAUGAUAGAGCAUCUUUUGUCUAUGUUUAAAAGUGUGAUUGAAAAAGUUAUUUUAGAAAGGAAAACCAGAGAAAAAUUAUCCUAGGCCCUGCCGAGUUGACGAAAAUUGACGUUGUGUAACUAAAAAUGGCGGAAUUCAAUUUCCCCCCAGCUGUAAUAGCUUAGAAUUGCAAACAAGACCACGUGUCUUAAAUUGAAACCGAGAAAACUAAACAUCCGAGCAGCACGUAAAUGCAACACAGUUACAGCACCUGUAGUUGAAGCCUCCUAAGAUGUCCUGUGGAGGGGCUGAGUGAAGUUACCACCUGGACUGGAAGGAACCUGGUUUUGAGAUUCACGUUUUUUAACUAGGAACAGGGAAUCAUCCAACUUGAUGCUUUAUUUAUUUAUUUGGAGCAUUAUUAAAAGUUUUCUUGUUUAUUUUUCUGUAGUCCUUGGAGCUCUCAGGAUGUUUUCAGCUGGCAGACCAAUUCAGCGCUCUAGAGGUGCCUCUUUUGCUCAAAUCCUCACGAGGAAUUUGCAGGCAACUACAGGACCAACCGAGACAGACGCUUCACCAAGUUCCAGUGGUUCUAACAGUGACAACAACAACAACCAACAAGUGACAAGGACAACCGCACAUGGUGAGAAAUUUAAUUUACGGUUUAGCAGAAAAGUAGUAAGAUAACAACCUCCUAACUGCAUUCAUCUUUGGAGAUGUUUGUCUUGUAAUAUGUUUAAAUAGCUACAUUAUCAGAUGUAAACCUGCACAUGUAAAAUUAAACCAAUUUCUUUGAAACCUCUUUCUUGUUUCACUUACAAAGGUUAUGCUGUCAAGCCCAAGAUUUCCCCCAAAACACUGAUCGACAGGUACAAGGAGGGUGAGACAAAUGCUUUGUCCUUGCUCCAUCAGCUCGCCCAGAGUUUUCAGCUUCACCUGGAGAUAAAGGAGACGGUAACCACAGGUAAUCACGCCCGUGUGCGUGAAAAUUCACACAGAGGAAACCUAAUAUUUAGUGAUGCUUGACAGUCUACUUUUAAGAUGAAUACGUUGCUGGUGUUCAAUUUUUGAUGUGGGUAUUUUGUGGGUUGUGCAUUUGUUGUUUUUUUUUUCAGCCCAAACAUUUGCCACAUUUGAUGAUCAUGGAUUUUCUUACUGCAUGGAUGCUGGAUUGUUUAGGAUGGAGACCUGCUGCAAUUUAACUCCUAAUCUAAUAAAAAACAGACACAUGUGCAAACGGAGCCAAUCAUUUUCAAACUUUGAACCUUUUCAAUCCAGGUAACAUAUCAGGCUUUUACUUUGCCUUUUGUGUGGUGGUCGACGGGGUCCAGUACAUGACCGGCAUGGGUCUAACCAAAAAGGAGGCUCGGCUCAAAGCAGCAGUGCUUGCCCUGGAGGAUCUGCUGCCCACCUUGGAAAGUCAGAAUUCAGUCUUCCCUGAAACAUCAGGUGAGGUCUAGUGCUGAUUGAAUUAUAUGUUUCUCUGCAUGAUUCUGAAUCAUGAUCAACAGCUUGGAAAUGUCAUUUUAAUGUGACAGUAUAUGACGUUUUAACUUGUCCAGCUAAACCAUGACCCCUGUAGUUAAAAUGUAUCAUACCUGAUCAAAAAGAAAUAAGCCAAGAGUUGAAACAUCAUCCUUAAAGGUAGUUUUCUUUCGGUAAAAUCACAAAAAAAGAAACACAUUAAGUAUAAAAUGAUGACACACUAUUUGUAAACACAGUGAGGGCUGCUUUCUCUCACAUGCAUACAUGGUGCAUGAGAAGCACAGCGGAGAAGGUGAUGACGGACUGAAAUUAUAUCUUUGAAUUGAACUUUGAUUUGAUGAUAUGAAGCCUAAUUUACCUGGGGCCUGUUCUACAAAGCAACUUAGCGAGGUAACUUCGAGAGUAAGUUUGGGGUUUCCUGUUCCACGACGCGGGUCCACUUAUUAGCGAGGUGAGUCUCCAUGGCAACGUACGCUGAACGGCUAACCUGCUCCGGGGCAGGUUAGGUUCCAGAUUGAACUCACAGAGAAUAAAAACCCCGCCCACUGACCAAUGAGCUCUCUCAAAAAAUUGCUUGUCCGUUCUUGGAGGAUCCUAUAGACCUCGGUGCUCGCAUUGUCCGAGGAGCACUCCGGCGCACAAGAGUUUUCAGGGACCGCACAGACCCACUUACUUUUCCGCAUGACCACCUUUAUGAAAGGCUCAUAUGGCCGACAUAUCACACAAAAAAUGUAAACACGAUAGGAAUGAACAAAUUAAUGAAUUCAUCUUGGGAAUGAAUUAGACAUGUCUGGUGCAUGUUAAAAGCACAUGUUGACAGUGCUAUUUCAGGGUGAUAAUGGCAACAAAGGUUUUUUGCACACUAUACUUACACAUUGAGACUGUCAGCAAUUUUCUGCCAGCAUUCCUUCCGUGCUUUUGCAGCGGCGACGGUGUUGCUUUUUAGGUUUAUGAUAGAUUUGAAUUCCUUAUACUUUCUCAUGAUCAUCUCCUGCUCCUCGUUUGUAAAGUACGCAGUCCAUCGCUCUCUGGCCUGCUCUGACGCUCCAGACUGGUCCAUGUUCGCGAUUGGUCAGAUGCGGCGGGCUCCGCGUCACAGGCGUGCAUGCCCUCAUAGCAAAGCUAGAGCCACUUACAAGGUUGAUAACCAGCGUUGUAAGACCGUUAAGCGAGACCGCUGGCUACCGCACUAAGUUGAGCUUUGUACUUGCUUUGUAGAAUAAAGCACUGCACUCUGCAGUUUAUCUGUGUAUUAAAACGGCAGCAGUGCAGCCUUGAGUCUCAUUCGAGUUAAAAAAAAAACACAAACUCGUCAUUAACACACAGAUCCCUGUAAUGUCACAAAAAAAUGAAACGCUUUUUUGUGUGGCAAAAUGUUCUGAAGCAAUCUUAUCCUGAAAUAACCUGUCAAAGUCAACACCUGGUACCUACAGCAAGCAUGACUCCGUUUUGUUUUUUGUUUUUUUACCUAGAGGGUUUGAUGUGCUGUUGCAGACAACAGCAUGUGAACAGGUACCAGAAGAAUACAACAAAUGCAAGGCUGUCAAAAUGAUGUGUUAAUUUAGAUAACCUGUGAUUUAUGGAUUAGUCUGCUGUUUUGACACUAAUGUAUGAACAAAGUCAGCAAUUACUGACUAAGGUGAGGCCUUUUUUUCCCUCAACUUAACUCUAGCUGCAAACCAUAAGAACUUGUGAAAAGGUCCUGUGUCAUUCAGACUUUGCUUUUGAUCACGCUGAUACUUCAUCAGCAACGACCCUCCUCCACACAGCGCUCACAAAAAACAAACAAAAAUGCUGACGAAGACGGUUAAAACUGCAACCACUUGAAAGGGGAAGACAUAGAUGUGGGUAGGGCAAGGUGCAAGUCUAUUUAGGAAGCCUGUUUGUGUGUGGGGGUGAAGGCAGAGUGGAGGAAUGAUGAUUAGAGAAAGAGUAGAUUAUAUUUGAAAUGUGGAAGUUCGUAUAAAUCAAAUGGAAGUUAGAUAACACAGCGAGUCUACUGAGAGGAGGGAAAGGACCUACUGGCUAGACGUGAAUCUGGGUCGACAGCUUAAAGCAUUACCUCCAUAUAUGAGGCACACGUGUAGACCACUAGGCCAGCAGCGCCUCUUCAAUACUAAUUUCAAAGAACAAUUACUGACAAAUACAAACUCUAUUCCUAAGACCUACAUCAAGUCCUCCAUGUACAUUUGCUUCAUGCAGACACAGACACGCUCAAACGCAACCACAGCAGCAGGAUAAAGCAAGAGUCACCCGUCGCUUAUGCAGUGUUGACUCUUGAUAAAGCAACUGUCCAAGCACAGACAUCAACAUCAUACUUAAGUCUAUCUAACGGAGCCCUGGAUUCUUAUUUCUGAAGAAACAUUAACAGGUGAAGAUCCGUAGGCCUGUUUUGCUUUCAGAUGCAAAUCUUGCAAUGUUACUCAAGUGUGGCUUUGCUGUAUGCAUGAAACUUCCUUUAAUUUUGUGAAACCUCAAACUUCAAAACCAAACUCAACCUGUGAUGUUGCAAAGUGUGUUCUCAUAGUGCUUUCAGACGCUGCCUUUGUUCGCAGGCACAGUCAGGACAAUAAGCCCUGAAAUUGGUCAAAUCAGGUUGAGAGUGUGCUGACAUGCCAGAAUUUCACGCCGUGACUAGCCAUUGUGACGAGGAACGACAGGCGUGACCAGGUUCUGAGUUGGCCUGACUUCUAGAGCAGUCAGUUGAGUUUAAUAUCGGGUGUACGGCGUACACCAGCGUAAUGUCUUCCAUUGUUUUAUUCAAUGAGCAGUCAUAUGCAGGUAGAGGACAAAUAUCGGGAAUAAUGAUCAAAUCCACAACACUUUUAAGUAGAGUGCAGUGUCUUGAAAGUUUUUUAACAUCAUUUAUGUCUGUGCAUUUCAUUUUCCUUUUAGAUUUCACUCCACCACUUCCAGUAAAAGAGGAGCCCUCCAUCCCCGAGCCCUCCCAUUGUAGAGCUAAUUAUGGUAAUUCUUUGUUUCUUCUUUCAAGUGCUUUCCUGUUUGUGAGAUACCAGUUUAUUUAGCAAAAACUUCUCAAACACAGGGACAGAAACAUGUUGCACUUAACUGUUUGAGAUUGAAGCACAUGAAGAUGUGUGGAAGUCUGUUGUUUCAUGAGUGUCACUUAUAAGUUUUGCAGCCACAAUAGUUGGUCAGCUCAGCUCCUUCUACAGGAAACUACCUGUUGAAACAAAAGGCGAGGUUUGCUGCCUUUUAAUUCUGUCAAACUUGCUAGAGGCAUGACAGUCAUUUAAUGUUACUUUAAAAAUAUUCUAAUAUCCUUUAAGAUGAAAUUAGUCCAGCGCAGGAAAUCAUGGCAGGGAAAUUAUUCUCCUUGUGAACUAAUUUUUAUGAUAAGCCCGGGUUAAGUCACUUUUCUCCCCUCUAUGUUUUUGUUGUUGUUUAGAAAGGAAGAGUCUAGUCAACCACCAAAUCCCACAAGCCGUCAAGGAUCAGCUCAGUAAACUGAUGGGGAGCAAUUCAGAGUUCUCUGCCUGUGCCGGAACGACAGCAGCAUUCAUCAUCCAGACCUGUGAGUGAGCUCCAACUAAAAAAAAAAAAAAACCUUUAGAAUAAAAUGCUCUCAGAGCUGCUUUUUGUAGGUUUUACUCAAAUAAGUAUUUAUUAGUUUAAGUGCAAGUUUAAAUUAGGGCAAAAACUAACAUUGCAAUGUUUUUCAACCCUGCGUUACAAAAAAAAAUACAGGAAUUUUCACCAGAUGACCUGAAUAGCACUUAAUGCUAUGCUGCACUGCUGAAAUCUUGUGGACAAUUCACCUGCACUGAUCUUACCUCUUUUUGUGAAUGUUAGUAGAAUGGCUUCUGUCUGUCUUGGAGAUAUUUUAAGCAUGCUUUUUUUGUGCUGGGAGUUAUCUCUCGUUGUGGCAACAGGUGAAAGGCACUGCAGACACAAAACACGUGUUCGGUCGACAUCAUCCCUCUUGCAACUGAAAUAAUUCCAAAUAACUGAAGUUGCUUUUCUUUUUGGCAACAAGUCUUCAUUUUUGGUGCAGCAACCUGCAGUGUAUGAUUUUUAACAUUCAUAAGACCAAGCUCAUUUUAAAUGCAAAUGCACUCACCCAAAUAGUUUCCAUUUAGAUAUAUAAGAUUGCAAUGGUUUGAAAGAUUUAUGGCAGUUUUUUUGCAUUAAGACUCUCACAGUUUUAUUGUUACAGCUGCAGGUGGAUUCUGGGAAGUGGUGGGGAUAGAAGUCUAAGUGCAGCACUCAUGCAUGGCAGCAGCAACAACGGCAGAACAGAGGCAAUGACAGAAAAUCUUGCAGCUUAGAUAGACAACAGAAUUGGGAGGAUAUGUUUGUCGUGUCAUUGUGCUGCUUAGUGACACGCACAGUGAGCUCAGUUGUCUGCCUGAACUAGCUCCAAGGCAUUUCUCCAUUUUAGCCUGUAACUGAUCGCCCUUAGUAUCAUACACUGUAUGGCAUUAAAAACAAAAAUAAAAGCUCAUCUCAGAAUAACAUGUUAUUGAUGCUGUUUUUGAAGGUAUUUUGUGGUUUAAUACGACAUCACCAAGCCUUUGUACAAACCCCUCUCUCUCCCUACAGCCAGUGAAUAUGAGGUUGUUGCUCUCGGCACUGGAAACUUCAACACCAAAGAGAGUGCUUCAUCCAGUGGACGCACAGUGCAUGAUUCACAUGCAGUGGUUGCUGCGAGGAGAUCGCUCAUGAGGUCAGUGCUCUAAAAUUCAAGCUAGCUAAAAAUUUGUCAACAGUUUUGAGGUGAAAUUAAGUUUUUAUUCUCGAGAUAUGGAGGUUUAGGAUUGAGGCGCAAUAACGUUUCAGUGAUGCUCCAUACUUUGAAUGUGUAAGUUUGAGCUUUUCUUGAAAUAGUUUCAACAUGACAACCAGCCACUCUUAUACUCUCCUCAUAGGUUUUUGUACCGGCAUCUGCUGAUGUUCUUCAGCAAAACAGUCAAUCUGACCCAGAAGUCCGUUUUCCAGCAGAGCAGCAGCAGCGGCCUUCUCACCCUGAAGAGCGGCCUCACCCUCCACCUCUAUAUGAACCAGCUGCCGAAGGGUGCUGCCGUCCCCUCACAGCUGUGAGUGUUUGAUAAUAGCUUCAUGCAUUUGAGAUUUUCUCUCCUUAGUUCACAUGGGGAGUUAGAGAUCAGGUGUGAUAGUAUUGAAAUUUACACAAAAUUCAGUGGUAAAUAGAUUUACAUUCCUUUUUUCUGCUCUGUGCUUCUUUCCCAGCCGGCUGAACCCCCUCUCAAUUUCAGCGUGGCAAGUCAAUAACGAGAUCAGCCUCCACAUGGCAGUGGAGGGCAAGGUGUUGUUCUGUUUUUACGGUCAUUUUGAAAAUUUUUAGUACUGCUUUGAAACUCUACCGUGAAAAGUGAAACCGACUAUUUCCUCAACACGUCGUCUGAAUGCAUUGUCAAGACUUCCUUUCACUGCUGCAGCAGAACUACAAUCUAAUGUCUCUUUUAAAGGUGUUUUCUGUCUUCUCAUCGGCGGCCACCAGUCAGUCUGCUCCUAAGGUGGUCAGCAUGUCUGCCACAGACAAGCUCACUCAGUGGCAGGUCCUUGGCUACCAGGGAGCUUUGCUCAGCCACUUUAUAGAGCCUGUUUAUGUGCAGAGCAUCCUCAUAGGCAAGUAAAGAAGUCCAAAUGUGUUUUUAGAUAAGGUUUAUUUACUAUUGUUCAUGUUAGGAACUUUUGUACAAUAAUAAUACCCUUUCCAUGUCUCACCAGAAAGUGAUGUGUGAGCUUAGUUUUUCCAUGUGAGUUUUUCCUGUAUUCUCUUUCCUGUCAUUAAGACUUAAUAACCCACAUUUGUCUUUUUGAAAAGAGAGGGAAAGUCCGAUAUUCGUGAUACUGCAUGCAUGUUUCCGAAAAAGGAGUAGGAUUUGCUGUGUGACACAAAUGGGUACCUCCCAUUCUUUGAACAGGUUAAACUUCAGGUUUCACAUAAUGACUCACCGUUGAACACCCUCAUCAUACAGAGAAAGCUCUUUUAUUUCUAGAACCUCCAUGAAAACAGGCGCCAUCAAAGAAGUCCCAGGAAAAAAAACCAAAAAAAAACCAGACUGAUUGGCCUGAUUUUGUCCCAACCUACGACAUUAUUGCAUUAAAUUUUAUACUUCCAUAAUCAACACAACAACUUUCAAAACCCACAGGUGACUCUGGCUGCAGUGACAUCCGAGGGAUGGAGAUCUGCAUUAACCAGCGCGUUGAGGGAAUCACCUCCCAGCUGCCCAUGUUCUUCUGCAUGAUGAGACCCCAAAUCAGCCUGGGGCCGUCUGUGGCUGCCAACAGCCCGAACAGCAGCGAGUUGACCUACAGUAUCAACUGGAGUGAGGGGGACGGCUCCCUGGAGGUUCUGGAUGGCCUUGAGGGCAAGACUGUAGAGGAGUAAGAACUUCAUGAGAAAAUGAGGAGCUGGUAGCGGGGCAGAAAUCAAGUGAUUUAAAUCCAAAGAAUCCCACCUAUAACUAAAGACAACAUCAUGAGUUGUAGCAGCCAUUGCACUAUAAUGAGAGAUAAUUUAUACUUUUAAAUGAAUGAUGGUUCUUUUACACUAAUUUCAAAAUUAAAACGAUUCAGCCUGCACCUCUGACCAGCUCUAAAUUCUUCGAACUUCAUCUGUAAGCAGUGUGUCCUUGUCUGUUUGCUGUGUUACGAACCACAUACUAUAAAUUUUCUGCCGUUUUGGUCACACUCAAGCUGUGUGCUUACCUAAAUGUCUUGUGGUAGAUCUCCCUUUAAGAGUGGCUCCACUCUAGCAAGUCGUCUGUGCAAAGCUGCGAUGCUUCACCGCUUCAAGUUGGUGGCCAAAGAGGCCCAGAGGCAGGACCUGCUGGCCACGAGCUCCUACAGGGAAGCCAAGGUAACCUCCUCAUGACUCAUGACUUUUUUGAAUCCAAGUUUUCUGCAGCAACCACCACUGUUCAUCUCAUUCCUGUCAUUUGUUUGUGACUGCAGAAGAUGGCGAAGCCUUACCAGGAGGCCAAGAGCGUCCUGAGGGCGUACCUGAGACAGAUGGGCUUUGGCUCCUGGCAUGCCAAGCUUUCGGUCAGUGAAAACUUCCGCAUAUGAAUAAUAAUUUUGAGGGAAAAAUAAACAGUUUGAGAGAGUCACUUAUUCUACUCUGCUAUUGUGUUGCACUUUUGUUGUGUUUUCUAAGAGGAUUGAGUCAAUCCCUGCUCUUGUUUGAAGAGACGUUUGGAGUUUGUGAGCUCUGUCUGACCCUCAGGGUUUGGUCUGAUUUUCACAAGAUGAUGGUUACUCCCAAUACCCAUAUGUGGUUACUUUUUCAGUGGGCAGUUUGCUUUGUAGCCCCGUAUGUACCUUUUUUUCAGGGUAAAGGUUCUACUUCCUUUAGUGGACAAAUUCCUCUUUAUACUGUAGAGGAUGUAUGGUGAUGAGAGCAUGCUGUUUAAGUAACUUUGUAUUUUGAAAAUGAUGUUUCAUCCGUCUCUCAUCCCUGCUAAAGUGAAGUUAUAUUAUUAUACUUGUUGUUACUUGAAAUAUUUGAGUUGUGUCUCUCGAAAGUUACUGUUAGCAUUUUUAUCGCACCAAUAAAUCCUGUUUUGAUCCAUAUUUGUUUUUACAAUGCACGAUUUCACUCUAUAUUAGCCAUGGCCAGAAUACAAAUCAACAAAAUAAACCAAUCCAAGAUCAACUUCUAGAGAGCUGAACAUUUUUAUUUUUUUGCCAACAUUACCCAGGAAACCCUCUCAAGGUCAAAGUAACCUCAGUAAACUAAGCAAAACUAUGAGUUCAUAUAUUAACCAGAUUAUCAGGUAUAUUUAUCCUUCCCUUUCCUAUCGCCAGAAGACACUGUUCAAACAUUAGGUUAUAUAAACACAUGUCUGUUUCUUCCCUAGAUUGAAACUUGUUGACCCCCAGUGUUGUUGCAAACUGUUGUUCAGCAUCAUGCGCAAACAGGAAAUACUUUGGUUUCCUGAGCAUGCACUGCAGGGGAUCAUUUACUCUAAAGUGUUGAGCAGUCUUGUGAAUGAAGAUGUCUGUUUACCUUUUACUGGAUCAACCAAGAGACGGAGUAACCCGUGCAUUCAUCUGAUGCUCAAGGAUGGAGUGUUUCAAUUGUAUGUGCAGCUCCAGGUUUUGUAUUCAUUUGUCUUUUUAUCUGUUAUUGUGUGCAAAUACAGAGCACAGUGUAGUUGUAACAUGCAUUACAGUGCAGCAUACUCCUGCUUGCAUCCUAAACUUGUAGCAUCGUCAGUGCAGCCAUUCUUUAUUAUGCAGAUUAGUUUAAUUGCAUUGAAAUGGAAAGGUGCUGCUUCAGAUGUGCAGAUCAUCAGAACUGAUAUCUGCUGGUGUCUUUGUGAUUACCCUAUCAAGACGGUCAUAUCCCCCUACUUAUCUGAUGUAGUGUUGCAUAAAGGAAAUUAAUGGCAGUGCAGUAUUAUUUCAUGCAUUUUAUUCUCUCAAUAUUGUGCAUGUUUGUAAAUACACAGUGCAUUUGUGAGCUACCUCUCUGUCUUCUUCAGGGAGAGCAUGUUACGAGCUCUGAUGUUGCGUAUUUCUGCACUCAAAGUUGUUAAACAAAAAUUAGAUGAAAACUCACACGCUCCUUUUAAAUUUGAUGCCAGCAAUGUGUUUCAAAACAGUUAGGACCAGGGGCACAAUUAACCGUUGUCUUUCUGAUAGCACUUUUUUACUACUUGGGAACCAAAGAGACGAGUUUCUGAAAUGCUGUCCUAUUCUUGCCUGAAUCAAGAUUUCAGGAGCUCAACGGUUUGGGGUUUCCUUUGUCAUGUCUGUGUCAUGAUGCACUGUGUUUUCUAAUGAGUGACUGCAGGCAGGCCUGUUAAGCACCCAGGCUCCUUUACUAUAAGCCAUGCUGCUGUGCAGAAAGAGGCCUAUCAAGUUCUUGAUGAAGCAUGCAAGGUCCACCCUGUUAAAAGCACUGUCUGGAUGGCAGCACGAACCUGCAUACGCUGCCCAGCAUUAAUGUUGACUUCCCAGAUGUGUUCGAUACCCAUGCCAUUGUUAAUUAUGUGUUCUCACACCAUCAUGGAAGCCGGUUUUUGGACUGUGCCAGGUGGUCCUUCUUAUCUUUGAUCAGGGUGGAAGAGUUCAUGAUUUCCAGACAGAAACACUUUCAGUUUUGACAAACCAGGUUUUGACAGAUCAACCAUGUAUCCUGGUUGCUGGUGUGUUAAAAUAUGGUUUUUGUCUUCACUUUGUGUUGUGUUAUCCUGCAUUUGUGUACACAACAAUGAGCGGUGGCUCUUGGAUGUAAUUUUGAGCUCGUGCUGCGAUUUCCACUGCAGAGUCAUGUCUGUUUUGAGGCAUUGCUGCCUGAAGGGCUGAAGAUCACAGUCAUCUGUUUAACUUUGUGUUGUCUCUUUUGCACAGAGAUUUCUCCAGAUUCUCUGAAUCUCCAAAUCUAAAUGAUAUUACGCACUAUAGACAUAGGUGUGUUUCUGACAGAGUGGUGAAGCUUCUCCACGUUUCCCACGAGAGACUCAGCUGGUCCAGAGUGGAUUUUUGAAAAUAAGCUUAGUCAGUUGGCAGAUUUUCCCUCAGGUGUUUUAAAAGCAUUAUUAAACCUUUUUGAAGUGUUUUGUUGUCCCUGCCCUGACUUGUAUUAAAAUGUGUUGAUGGCAUCAAAUUUGUAAGGAGUGUGUAUUUUCCAGUUGACAAAGUUUUUUGGUUUGAUCACUUGGUUUGUUGUUUUUGCACUAUUUUCAAUUAAAUCUGAGGUUUAAAUGAUCUGAAAAAUAUUGACUUUUUUAUGUAGAAGGAUAACAUUGCUUGGUCAAGGCACUCAGAUCUGAAAUAGUGAUAUAAGAUUUAAUCUAACACAUAAAAGUUGCUGAUUUUAUUCUCCUAAACAGAUGCAGAAACCUACAACCAAAUGUAUAAAUGAACCAAACCUCAUUUUUUCAGCAUCAGCCACUGAAGUGACACUCGUAGUUUUAGAGACAAACAGGAUGCGCGACUCUAUUGAUGUGGUAACAAAGCGAAAACAUUUGUGACCUGAGCCCUCCGAAUAUGUGACACCUGUGCUGAGGUGCUCUGCAAAAAGAUGUGUAGUGUUUUUUGUCAACCUCGCUAAACUAAGAUCUGCAUGGCCUAGCUGGAUCGCUUUUCACAUUGAAAGUAUUGGGGAGUGCAUUUUAUGGCUUCCUCCAAGAUAUGAGAGAUACUGAGAGACUCGUAUUGUUGAAAGUCCUGUGAGUGUGUGUUUGUAGCUUUGUGUUUGUUACAGCCUUGCCUGAAUGAGUUAUGCAUCAGUGUUAACUCUGUGUUCCGUGCUUAGAUGGAAUCUUCAUGAAUGCCUCAAAGGGUAACAAUAUCUACCUAGAUAUAUCCUGACAGAUGGUAAUUACAUCCAUAAAGCUGACAUAUGUACACACCUUAUCAG